AUGAACACCACCAUCACCCUGGCAACUGGAAUAAUGUUCACGCUGCAUCUGAAAAGUCUGAUUGCAGGGAUUAUUCAAACAAUUCAAGGUAUGUGUGUGCUUAAACAAUUUCUUAUCCACUCCACCUCUCUUUGCUGAUGUGAAAAAUGUGCACCAGAUAGAGAGUGUAUUCCACAAGUAAAUAAUUGUUCAGCUAUUAUUGGAAGGGAUGACAAAAUGGUAAUAAUGGUAAUCUCCAAGGCUGGCAGACAAAUAAAGCUAAGAAAAUCCCACGUAACCAAUGAACAGAGUACAGGCAGGACAAUGAAUAUUUGUGCCAGAAGCAGAAUUCAUAAUGCUACAGCUAGAGACCCUAUUCUAAAAUCUCUGCCGCUGCUGAAUAAGGACAGAGAAUAGGGAUGGGGAGCCUGUGACCUUCCAGAUUUUCUUAGACUACAACUCCCAUCAUCCUGACAGUUGGCCAAACACAGGCUGGGGAUGAUGUGAAUUGGAGUCUUUCCCAUCACUACAAAAGAGGCAGGUAUCAUCUGACUUGUGGGGAACCCAGUCUGGUUUUUGGAAGGGAGGGGGUAACACACACAACUUCAAAUGAUAUUAAAACAAACAAAUAAAAAACCCUCACAUGCAGAAGUACAGUGGUACCUCGGGUUAAGAACUUAAUUCGUUCCGGAGGUCUGUUCUUAACCUGAAACUGUUCUUAACCUGAAGCACCACUUUAGCUAAUGGAGCCCCUCACUACCGCCGCACUGCUGCUGCGCGAUUUCUGUUCUCAUCCUGAAGCAAAGUUCUUAACCCGAGGUACUAUUUCUGGGUUAGCGGAGUCUGUAACCUGAAGCGUCUGUAACCCGUGGUACCACUGUAUCAGAAAUCUUUGGGAGGCAAAAACCCUAAAUGGGGCAGGCAGAGGGAAGAGAACUCUCAGGAAACAACUCAACAUGGAGUGUGCUCAGUGAUCAUGGAAUAUGACAGACUGGUCCAUCUAGGUCAGUGUUGUCUAGAAUGACAGGCAGCAGCUUUUCGAGAUUUCAGGCAGGGGAUAUUCCCAACCCCACCUGGAGAUGCUGGGGAUUGAAUUUGGAACCUUCUGCAUGGAAAGCAGGUGCUCUUGUGGAGGAGGGCAUGAAUGAAUGACCGGCACAGUAAACAUGAACAUGCCACACUGCAACAUUUCGUUGCAGUUUCUACUUCUGCUAUGGUUAAUGGGUGUUAUUUCUAGAUGUUUGAUCUGAUUUAUUUAAUUUUUCAGGCAAGUCCAUGAGAAAAUUGCAACAGCUACCCUCCCUGCUUCCAAGAGGGAAGAAAGGAAUAAUUUGGUUUGGUCAUUGGGUCUGGGAGCCUUGAGAUGUAUAUCUCCAGGCUUCGGUGGAAAUCUCCACAUACGUGAGUAGGCAGGCAGGUGUUUUAUUUGUCUAACACCUUAAGCUAACACAGAGAGGUUUCUAUUUAAUGCUGUCGUCCGGUAAUGUAAACUUACACAGCGAUUUGCAAGCAAUGUAAAUUCCCUAUUGAAAGCUUUGGCUGCGAGCCACAAACUACAGAAUAAAAGGAUCUCUGAAAAGUGAGCGAUUAAAUUCCAGUCAAAGACUAAUAUUGCCUAGUUUUCUAAUAACCCUAGUUCUCAUGUUAAUCCAUUCUCCUCUGAGUAAAUUGAAUACUGUAUAUUUCCAUCAAAGUAUUCCCUCUGCCCCAGGAGGGCAGCUCAGGAGAUGUUCUUUGUUUAUUACAUAGGCAUAGAACAACACUGGACAUUUAUGCUACAAACUAACAUGCAAUGGAAGCUGCUUGUGCAUGCAGAGCAAAUGUUUUUCUCCUAGGAAUGCAGGAAGAUGACUUAUGCCCAGUCCGACCAUCUGGUUCACCUAGCUCAGAACUGAAUGUGCAAACAAGUACAGUCAUACCUCAUGUUACGUUUGCUUCAUGUUACGUUUUUUCAGAUUGCAUCCCGCGGCGACCCGGAAGUACCAGAAAGGGUUACUUCCGGGUUUCACUGCUCGCGCGUGCACAGUAGCACUAAAUCGCACUUUGCGUAUGCGCACAAGCUCCAAAUCAUGCUACGCACCUGCACAGAUACGGCGCUUCAGUUUUUAUGUUGCGAACGGGCCUCCGGAACGGAUCCCAUUCACAACCAGAGGUACCACUGUAUAUCCAUCGAUGGGCGAGAUGCCCCAAAAGUGACUGAAAAAGAGUACGAGUUCACGUGCAGAGUUGUGAAAGGUUGAGUGGUCCACACAACAUUCCAACCAUUACCACGUCAAAAACAUUUUAGAUCAAUAUAGCAUUCACAGAAAAGAGAGCAAAGCAUCAUAAAUUGUGCUGAAAACAACACAUGAAGACCAAACAUGGUUCCGAUGGAAGGCCUGGAAGAAUAUAAAGGUCAUCUUAUGGUACCAAAAUAUGUUAAUGUGCACACCUAGAGGAUUGCACUUGGGGAGAAUAUUGUGCAACUGAGGUGCUACCCCCCAAAUUAGGAUUGAGACAGGAAAGCUGAGGGCCAAAGGCAGCUCCCCAGGCCUCUCUAUUUGCUCCUGCGGGUUCCCCCUAAGCCACACUCUCCUGGAAUGAGGAUGGAGAGAUGUCAGUUGGGUGUGUGAGUGUGUAUGCACCACCUCACACUCCUUGGAAGAAGAAUUGGGUAAAAAUGCCAGAAAUAGAGCAGACAAAUGUCUUUAUCUACUUGAUUUAUGACUGGGGCAGAAAUAGCUCCACCUACAGAAAGACCCCUGUGUAUCCCUCUCCCUUAGCAUUUAGUUCUGCCUGUAAUCUGCAAUUCCAAACUGUUCCAACAAUGGAGAUUUACUGUCACCGUUGUUGUUUUUUAAAAAAAUGCAGGUGAUUUCCCUGUUAUUAUAGUUCAAUGAUGCCCUCUGCUGGAAGAUUUGUAUGUUGGCACUUCCAGUCAUUUUCCAGGCAUGGGUGAAAGCUGCGUGGUUGAUUUCCCAAGGCUUCCCCUGUGGGCUAGAUUUCUUUCAUGAGGUUAAGACUUCCCCCCCAAAAAACUGUACCCAUAGUGGAGCUCCUAUGUGGCCUGGAGGUCCUGAUGCAGAGGCUGGACAGCCACCUCUUGGGGAUGCUGUAGCUCUGGGUUUCCAGCAUGAAACAGGGAGCUGGACCAGGAAGGAAGUCCACAAGUCAUAGGGAUGAAGGACCAAUUAAAUUCAGUUCACAUCUAAAGGCGCAAUUUACCUAAUCCACACUUUCCAAAACAAUAUGCGAACCAGAACACAGCUACCCUUCAAAUUUCACACUUUUCUGAAUUUUGCAGCUUAGUAAUGUGCCCCACAAUGUAAAGUGUGUAUAAAAAAAAUGCAGAUAUUUGUGAAAAUAUACAAUGAUGCAUGUAUUAGGGCAAACAUAAAUACUGAUGAAGCGGAAUACAAUGGAACCUCGGGUUGCGAAUGUGAUCUGUGCGGGAGGCAUGUUUGCAACCCGCAGCGCCACGUCUGUGCAUGUGUACGCGCAGGUCGCGAUUCGGCACUUCUCUGCAUGCGCAAAGCACGAUUUAGCCGUUCUGCACAUGCGCAAGCACCAAAACCUGGGUGUAACCUGUUCUGGUACUUCUGGCUUUGGCGCGGUGCGCAUCCUGAAAACAUGUAAUCUGAAGUAUCUGUAACCCCAGGUACCACUGUAUGCUUUGCAAAAAAAAAGUAUUCUUGCAUGCCAUCCCAGUCUCCAAGUACUGCAAGAUUCCAGCGAUUCCAAGCACUUACCCAGGGUUCAUAUUUCCUUUGGAGUGAGGCCCAGUGGAGACUGUAGUGUCUUUAGGAUAUAUGGUUUAUUUACAAAUAUAUGCAUGCUGUACCACUGAGCUAUGACCCUUCCCCAGGACAAGAGGGUGCUGAGAAGACCAGAUAGGGUUGCCACAUUUCUUUACUGUGCCUUUUUUUAAAAAAGGAGUCAUUUUUGGACUCACAGCUGUCCAUGGAGGCGCAGGUCAAUUCUGUGUCCAGGACAGCUGUUUAUCAGCUCCAUCUGGUACGCAGGCUGAGACCCUACCUGCCCACGGACUAUCUUGCCAGAGUGGUGCAUGCUCUGGUUAUCUCUCGCUUGGACUACUGCAAUGCACUGUACGUAGGGCUAACUUUGAAGGUGACCUGGAAACUACAACUAAUCCAGAAUGCGGCAGCUAGACUGGUGACUGGGAGUGGCCGCCGAGACCAUAUAACACCAGUCUUAAAAGACCUACAUUUGCUCCCAGUAUGUUUCCGAGCACAAUUCAAAGUGUUGGUUUUGACCUUUGAAGCCCUAAAUGGCCUCGGCCCAGUAUACCUGAAGGAGCGUCUCCACCCCCAUCAUUCUGCCAGGACACUGAAGUCCAGCUCCGAGGGCCUUCUGGCGGUUCCCUCAUUGUGAGAAGCAAAGCUACAGGGAACCAGGCAGAGGGCCUUCUCGGUAGUGGCGCCCGCCCUGUGGAAUGCCCUCACAUCAGAUGUCAAAGAGAUAAACAACUACCUGAAAUUCAGAAGACCCCUGAAGGCAGCCCUGUUCAGGGAAGUUUUUAAUGUGUGACAUUUUAAUGUAUUUUUAAUCUCCGCCCAGAGUGACUGGGAAAACCCAGCCAGAUAGGUGGGGUACAAAUAAUAAAUUAUUAUUAUUAUUAUUAUUAUUAAUCAUUUUUUCGAUACAAACAUCAACCGCAAAAGACACAUACAACAAAAACCAUACUAGCAAUAAUAACACAAUUUGACAAUUCAGAUUUGAAUACACUGAUAUACCUACAACUACACCUUUUUAAACAAUAUUUCCCCACCUCUCUCUCCUCUCCCUACCUUCCCCCACUAUCCGCCUUAUCGCUGUGCCUUUCAACAAGCUUGGUCUGCAGACGUUGGCCAGUGAUCAUGCUUAUGGCCAAGUGUCACCUUCCUGCCAGUUUCUGCAGACUGAAUUGCUGCUAAGGAAUUGCACAAGAGCAAGCCAGACAGGGUUCCUCCCCAAAGUCAGUUGGCACCCCUAAGAUAAGAAGGCAAACAGCAAGGAAGGGCAGAAAGAACCAGUGGAGAAAUUGUUUCUGCGCUGUCAUUAUCCUCACCACAAAAUGAUGUAGCUGGGAAAGAGAUUAAGAUGGUCACCGAUGACCUUUUCCCAAGCAACAGUUGCUUGUUAACCUUUUUGCCCUCUUUUCCACACAAAUAAUAAGGGCCCCCUCCAGACUCAUGUUUUGUAAGGAGUGUAUUGUGCAACAUGUAAUUGAAGCAUUGCUAGUGCAUUUGUGGUAGAUUUAUGCUGGACUGGACGCAUGGAGCUCUACUUUAUUAGUUGUCCUGCAAUCAUUCCCCAUUGUCAUCUGGAGGGGCAGCCUUGCACUGCAGCACGGCUAAACUGGGAGAAAUAAUAAUAAUAAUUUGGAACAUCUGUGGUACUAAAAUUUAUAGGAUUGCAGCCAGAAGUUGCAGGACAUGCAGCAGUUGGAUACAAAGCAAUAUGCCCACCCCAAAACCUUUGCAGGCAAAGAGCACUGAAAGCGGGGUUGUUUAUAACCACCUUGAUACCAUCAUGAGUGCAAAUAAUCAUACUUCACAACAAAAGGGAUGUCUGGAGGGACCAGAAAUAUAUCUCAGCCGCUAUGCAACUUGAUUAAAGGCACAUCCUGAAACUGUAACCAGUCGGGACACAUCUCAUCCUUUGAAGAGAAGUCUUAACAAGCAAAUGGCCAUUGUUUUAUACUCCUGCUUUACUAAGGUUGUCUGAAGGGAUGUUGACACUGGAGGGGUCACUGUGGUCCUUCAGGCUGCAAUUAGCCAUGGCUCCCAUUGUCAACUGGCCCUCUUGUGUAGGGCUGCAAAUCCUCUUUCUGUAACUGAGGUCCCCGUGCUCUCGUGCUCACAAUAAUUGAGCCUUCCAGGAGCCGCUGUGCAGAUCACAAGCUUAAUGGCUUUUGUUCUUGAUGCAAUACAUAACUCAUAAGUGCCUCAAGGUCUUUAAAAAAAACAAAAAAACAAGCCUUAGUCACUGAAGAGUUCCAGUUUCCAAUUUCCAAUCACCAUUUUUAAUGCAGCUGGAAGGUCCUCACAAAGCAACUUAGCAGGGUGGCUUAAGAUAAAAAACAGCCCUGCCAGAUCAAGUCAGUUGUCUGCCUAGGUCAGGGGUCUGCAACCUUUAAGACAAAAAGAGCCACUUGGGCCUGUUUCCAAAGAAAAAAAAACUGGGAGCCGCAAAACUCGUCAUUAUAAAAAUAACUUUUUUAUUAUUUCUUUGUUUGACCUCUCAGAAUUACUCCUCCUCAUAGAAUAAACGUUAAAUUAACAAGUUACCUUUUUGUGUGUGUGUGUUCUUCACUCCCCUUCAAAACAGUGACCAGCGUACAUGCCCCUUACAAUGUAGUGGGUGGGCGGGCGGGAAGGUGACGUCGGGACGGUGCGUGACUAAUCCACAAACCGCCCCCAUGUGACGUCACAGCCAGUACAGCGCCCGCCACAGUGGGGAGUGUCGGGGCACACAAUGCGCCUCCUCCCCUCGCUAGUAUCCGCCCCGGAGCUGCGGCAAAGGUGUAAAAGAGCCACAUGCAGCUCCGGUUGCAGACCCUGGCCUAGGUCAUAGUUCACUGUAUUCUGUUUCCCACAGUGACCAAGUGCCUUACUCCUUUGGUAUUUUAAUCUUAGGAGUCAUCCAAGGAGGUUCACUAGCAGGAUGUCCUCCUGAUACAGAAGCUAGGAAUAAGAUCAUAGAAAGGUCAUGCUGCAUCAGACCAAAAGUCCAUCCAGGUCGCAAUCGCACCAAACAUUCAAAGUGCUCUUUAGCAAUCAUGGUUACCCUGGAAGAAUCUUCGGAACUGUAAUUUCAUAGAAUCAUGGAAUUGCAGAGUUGGAAAGGGUCCUGGGUGUCCUCUAGUCCAACCCCUUGCGAUGCAGGAAUCUCAGCUAAAGCAUCCAUGACAGAUGGCCAUCCAACCUCUGCUUAAAAACCUCCAAGGAAGGAGAGGAAUUUGUUAAGCAUGCUGGUCAUUGGAGCUCUGUGAGAGGUCUCCUAACAACUCUCAAGAUCAGGCAUAGGCAAACUCAAGCCCUCCAGAUGUUUUGAGACCACAAUUCCCAUCAUCCCUGACCACUGGUCCUGUUAGCUAGCAAUGAUGGGAAUUGUAGUCCCAAAACAUCUGGAGGGCCGGAGUUUGUCUAUGCCUGUUCAAGAUGCUUAACAAGACAGCCAGUGUGGUGCAGUGGUUAAGAGCGGUGGACUCAUAAUCUGGUGAACCGGGUUCGCUUCCCGCUCCUCCACAUGCAGCUGCUGGGUGACCUUGGGCCAGUCACACUUCUUUGAAGUCUCUCAGCCCCACUCACCUCACAGAGUGUUUGUUGUGGGGGAGGAAGGGAAUGGAGAAUGUUAGCCGCUUUGAGACUCCUUCAGAUAGUUAUAAAGCGGGAUAUCAAAUCCAAACUCUUCUGCAGAUCCCACAAUUCUUUAGAAGAAGCCAUGGCUGUUAAAUUGUUAUAAGAGUGCUUUAAAUGUAUGCUGUGGAUGUGAUCCCAGCCCAGCAACCAGUUUUCCACAGUGGCCACCCAGGUGCCUCUGGGAAGCCCACAAGCAGGCCAUGAGCCCAACAGCAUUCCCCUGCUCGUGGUCCCCAGUCUCCACCCCGUCAUUCAGCCCAGACACUGAGGUCCAUCACUGCGAAAAGUGAGGUUACAGGGAACCAGGCAGAGGGCCUUCUCGGUAGUGGUGCCCACCCUGUGGAACGCCCUCCCAACAGAUGUCAAGGAUAUAAGUAACCUUUAGAAGUCAUCUCAAGGCAGAUGCACUUCCGGGGACAGCGCCAGCAGCUAAUGGUGGAGUUCCUCUAAGCGGAGGAACUAGCUCCGCGAAAACUGGGUCGCCCGCCACGGCGAAGGCGGGGACCCGUCAGAAAUCUCAGGUGGAAGAAGCCUGGGAACGUGGGGGUUUGGCAGGGCACCUGGAGCGCCCCCCCUACUCGUGGGGAAUCCUUUCUAAGGACUCCGGAGCGAAGUGGGGUGAGUGGCGCGGUGCUGUGAACUGAAUGCUACUUUCACGGAGUGAAGCCGCACAGCCAUUGCCGGGGAGCGCUGACUUUUGGACUUUUAACAAACUGAAUUUGGCUACGAACGGGGGAGGCGCAACGAACGGGGGAGGCGCAAAACAGGAAGUCAACCUUCCUUUCUUUGUAAAUAGUGGGAAGCAAGGAGUUUUAAACUAAAGCCUGAAAGAUUGCUUUUGACAUCUAAAUCUUCAGUAUAAAACUAGCGAACCCCCCCUUGGCUGCAGGGGAAAAGGGGGGGAUUUCUGGACAUUAUUUCCCUGCAGAAAAAGAGGGUAAAAGUUAACGUUUCACCGCUCGGAACCGGGGAACGGCAGCCAUUAAAAUUGCUGCAUUGACUGCGAAUAGACUAUCUAACUGUCAGUGAGUGAAACAUUGUUUCAAUUAUUUUCUCUUGGCUUAAAAGUUUCAACUAUGUUUCUGAACUAAAGUUUGAUAUUAAACAUAUUGGCAUAAGUUGUUAGAGUAACUUUAAAGAGAAAAAUAAAAAGAAAAGGAUACUUUGUUGUUGUUUUUUUGAAUGAUAUUUAUUCAAAAUUUCAUCAAUACAUAAACACAAAAAGAAAAACAAGAAACACAGAGAAAAAAAAGAAAAAAGAGGAAAAAUAUACAGCAAAAAAUAGAACAAGAGGAAAAAACCCAAAAAAGAAAGAAGAAAGAUACAAAUCUCAGAUUGCAACUUUUCAUUUGCUUAAUUCUUGAACCUCCUCACACCUCCCUUUUUGUAUUCUAGUUUAAUUCGUUAUUUCAGCAAAUUCUUCCCAUGUUUCUCAAUUUUAAUUUAAAUGAUUAAUCUUCACAAUCUCUCUUAUUUAUUAAUCAAGAUAACCUUUCCAUCUUUUAAUAUAGUCUGUUAUUCAAUUUACCUUAAUCUCUUUAACCUUAUCUUAUCUUAAAAAUCUUAAAUUUUCAAAAUUUACAUCAUAUUCAUACAUAUCUCCUUAAAAUCAUUUCUACUAAAGCCAAUUUAAUUCCUUUCCAGCAUAUUCCCUCAAAUUUCAUUAAUGUUGCACUAAUUCCAAAAUUAACAAAAGAAUUUCCCUUGAUAUCUCUAAUUUUUAUCCAACGUCCCUUCUUCCUGGUUUCAGGUCAUGUCAGUCCUUUCUGUCCAUUACAUCCAGUCCAUCAAUCUGGUGUUCUAAUGUCCGAGGCCCUUAAAUCUCUUCUAGGCCCCUUCUGCAAAAUUUUUGUUCCUGUUUGUGCUUGCGCACUUCUUUGUCAAUUGUUGGUUUCUUGGGGAGUGGGUCUCCGGAGGGUUCCAUCCGGUAAUAGUUUCCAUUUUCCUUCAUCAGAUUGGCCCCUUCCCCCCAGUCCCACUCCCCGUCUUCAUCUUUGUAAUCCAAAAAAUAUUUAUCCAGAAGAUAGUUGUUCACCUGUUUCAUAGUCCCACUAGAGUUAAAAGCUUCCUUGACUUCAAAUACUUCCCGGCAGUCUCCAAGUUCAAUCUUCCAACGCAGUAGCUUUUGUUCCUGCAGGACUUUGGAUCUUUCCAUUUGUGUUGUUUGAGGAGUAAUCACUGCCUCUUCUUUCUCCAUCUGCCCUUGGACUUGCCUUGUCAAACCAGGUUCCUGAAUUGAUCGCUGUAUAACUUCUUUAUCCUUAUUCCCUGUUAAAUCAUAUUCACUGGCCACAGCACUCAUCAGGUCCAAUUUUUCAUGCAUCAAGUUCAUUUUCUCAUGCAGCUGCUCCAGCAAAGCAUUAGUCAUGCCAAGGGCAGACACCAAACCUUCCUGCCAACACAUUUCUGUUCAAAGUCAAGGUCAAACGGCUGGUCCCACGAUCCAAAUCUCACAUCUGCAGAGUCUCCAAGUAAGCUGCAACAACAAACUGACGGGCUCCCUCUAGGGGACACAAUUUCUAUUUGUAUCCAUUUUUAAAAUAUAUCCAACGAAGGAGAUUACUUUCGAUUUCAAUUCCUUUCGAUUUCAAAUACUUUGUUUCUUUAAAAAGCAGAAAUGCAGAAAGUAGCGUUGAAGUUAAUUUGUUUCUCUUUUUCUUUUCUUUUUUACUAUCUGUCAAAGUGCUCCACUUUCAAUCAAUGGACGUCUCAAACAGCUUCUGUCCCGACACCCCGUCCCCAGGUUUGGGACGAUGGAAACUUAAAUUCCUUUACUCUCCUCCUGCAGGAUUAAACAGUCAAAUCCCCCCCCCUUUCUCCUGCUUCCAAGGGGGUUUUAUUGGUUAUGGAUGCAGGAAAUUUCCAACUUUAAAGCAGUUUUUCAGGCUAUUAGGUUGCAAGGUCUUUGCUUCAAUCUAUAUACAAAAACGGAAGGCGGACUUCCUGUUUACACCUUCCCGCUUCGUGCCUAAUUCAUAAAUUUUGCAGGUUUCUUAAUCCAAUUCUCCGUUUUUACUCACGGGUGCUUGAUUUAGAGUCCAAAUGUCAUCAGGAAAUGUCAGCGCUCUCCGGUGAUGGCUGCGCGGCUUCCCUCCAUGGAAAUAGCGAUCGGUUCGCAGCACCGCGCUGCUCACCCCACUUCACUCCAGAGCCCCAAAAAGGGGUUUCCUCGUGAGUAGGGGAGGCGCUCUUGGUGCUCUGCCGAACCCCACGUUCCCAGGCUUCUCCGCCUGGGAUUUCUAGCGGGCCCCCACCUUCGCCGCGGCGGGAAGACCCAAUUUCCACAGAGCCCGUUCCUCCGAUCGGAGGAACUCCGCCAUUCGUCGUUGGCGCUGACCCGGAAGUCCCAGAAAGGAUACUUUGGACUAAUAUAAGAUAAACAACAACUACUUCCCUCUAGAGGAGGACUUUGAAACUGUUAUAAGGAGUGGAAUUUUCCAGUUUUAAAGACAAAACCCUGGGAAUUGUACCUGACCUUGAGAGCCUUGAGUGUUAUGGCAGAUGGGAAGAAAAAAAUAGACUCAUUACAGGAAAAGACAACUAGAUCCGGCAGGACUUUUCGGAGAGCCUCUACAUCUGGCCCCCCUGUUCCCUCUGCAGCUGUGUCAGUGUAUACCAAAUCAAAAGGAGGAAUGCCCUUGGAAGAAGAUUGGGCUCUUGUAUUAAGCAAAAUUAACAAUUCUUUGGAACAAAUGAAUAAAAAAUUGGACCAAAAUUCACAAAAAUUGGACCAAAAUACACAAAGUAUAAAAAGUUUGGAACAAAAAGUUAAUUCUAAUACAGAAGCUAUUGAGACACUAGUUAAGGAAUCUAAUUCAACUAGGCAGACUGCAGAGGAAGCUAAGGAAAAGAUUGCUACGGCGGAAGCGAAAGUAGCACAAUUGGAAACAGAGGUCCCGGAUGUGUGGAAACAAGUACAUGACCAGAAGCAGAUGCUUUCUAUGUUCGAGCUCAAGGAGAAACAGACAAAUCUGAGAAUUCGGGGAGUACCUGAACUAGAAAAAGACUCCUUGAUAGACUUUCUCACAGAGGAAUUUGCAGCCUUUUGGAAUCGGGACCUACAAAAAGAGGAGUUUAAAAUUGUGAGAGCCUUCAGACUGGGAAGAGGAGGGAAGAAGGAGAAGAACAGAAUAAGAGACUGUUUGAUUACACUCAGAUUGAAGGAAGAGAGGGAUAAAAUUUUGAGUUGGCAUUACGAGGAGGCCUUGACAAUACACAAAUUUAGAGUGGAGAUAUUUAAAGAUAUUCCCAAAUAUCUUUUAGAUUUGAGAUUUAAUUUUAGAGAUUUGGUUGAACUGCUGAGAAGGAACAGAAUCAACUUUCGGUGGGAAUUUCCUCAAGGCCUAUCUUUUAGCUUUAAAGGAAGAAAAAUAAAGAUAAGAUCAUUAGAGGAUAAAACAAAGUUCUUGCACAAUUAUGAAGAAGAUCUACAGAAGGGAAUCGGAAAAGAGCCAACAUCACCGGAAAGAGGGUCACCAGACAGAGGAUUGGAGCAAAGAGUACGGAAGAGAGCAUCGUCAAAAAAAGAUACUUUGGAAAUCUUGGACAUUUCAUCAUUGUCUUUUGGAUUGGACCCCCCCCCCCCCGAUAAGGAGCUAACGUUACCACCAACAGAAGAGGAACAAGAUCUGGGGGCAGUUGGGGGAGUACCAAAGUAGCCACAGGAUGACGCUGCAGGCCCUGAGUUGGAAUGUCCAUGGCCUCAACAUUUCGGAGAAAAGGCGACGAGUGUUUCAUUUAUUGAAAAAAGAGCAAUUGGACUUAAUUUGCUUACAAGAAACGCAUGUGACAAGAUUACACAGGAAAUUAUUAAGCAACAAGAAAUUAGGUCAAGAAUUUAUUUCAUCAGAUAAAGUUAAAAAAAGAGGAGUGGUUCUCUAUGCAAAGGAGAACCUAUCACCGAAAUUUAUCUUCAAAGAUGAACAAGGAAGACUGGUAGCAAUUGAAAUCCAAUUACAAGGAGAUAGGUAUUUGGUGAUAGGUAUCUAUGCACCAAAUGAAGGGAAAUCGGAAUUCUUCAAAAAGUUACAUGAAAUCUUGAUGGACUAUAUGGAUUACAAUAUGAUCUUGAUGGGAGACAUGAAUGGUGUCGUAUCUACGAAUAUGGAUAAGGCUCAAAGACAAACAAUCACCAAGGAUGGAAGACUACCAAAAACAUUUUUUGACAUGACUGAUAAUUUGGACUUAAUUGACGUUUGGAGAAUGAAGAACCCUCUGGGAAGAGAGGGAACUUUCUUCUCGGAGGCAAAAAUGACAUGGACAAGAAUCGACCAAAUCUGGGUAACUAGAGGACUGGCUCCAAAGAUCAGCAAGGCUGAAAUUUGCCCAAAGACCAGCUCUGACCAUAAUGCGGUGAAGAUGGAAAUGAAAUUGAUGCCAACUGGAUCCUUCAGAUGGAGGAUGAAUGACUCUUUGUUCAGGAAUGAUGAAUUCAUUAAAAAGGCCCAAAAAACUUUGAAAGAUUAUUUUGAGAUAAACAUGAACACUUCAGUGGAAAAAAGAGUAAUCUGGGAUGCAAGUAAAGCCGUAAUGAGAGGUUUUUUGAUGCAACAGAAUGUAAUUAGGAAGAAAAGGCAAAAUGAGGAAAAAAGAUAAAAUUUUGGAAAAAAUAAAGGAAGGAGAGAAGAAAUUGAGGGCAAAACCAAAGUCCCAGGAGAUCUUAAAAGAAAUAAAGCUUUAUCAAGUACCAUAUAUGAAAUUGAUGAACCAGGAAAUAGAAUGGAAGAUUAAACAGAUGAGACAAAAGACAUUUGAAUCGGCAAAUAAGUGUGGGAAACUGCUGGCCUGGCAAUUGAAAAAAAGACAAAAACUAAAUACUAUUAUGAAUCUGGAAGUGGAAGGAAAGAAUAUACAGAAUCCAGUUGAAAUUAGAAGGUGCUUCCAGAGGUAUUUCAAACAAUUAUAUACACAAGAAAAGCAGAAUGAAAUGGACAUUGAUAAAUUCCUGGAAAUAAAUGGACUACAAAAAAUUUCUCAAGAAAAUAAAUUAAUGCUUGAUUACAAAAUAACGGAUCAGGAAGUAGAAGGGGCCAUUCAGAAUAUGCAAUUAGGUAAAUCUCCAGGACCGGAUGGACUGACUUCUAGAUACUACAGAACUUUGAAAGAAUGGUUAAUACAACCAUUAAAGGAAGUCUGUAAUGAAAUAUUGGAAGGGAAAAGGGCACCUGAGUCGUGGAAAGAAGCAUAUAUUACACUUAUACCAAAAUCAGAGUCCGAAAAGACGCAACUCAAAAACUACCGUCCCAUAUCACUGCUUAAUGUGGAUUACAAAAUUUUUGCAGAUAUUUUGGCUAAAAGACUAAAAAAGGUGUUAGCAGAAGAAAUCCAUAAAGACCAAGCGGGCUUUCUCCUGGGCAGGCAUUUGUCUGAUAAUACGAGGAAUAUAAUUAAUAUUUUAGAAAAGUUACAAGUGAAGAUUAAUACAAAAGCAGUUUUGAUUUUUGUGGACGCGGAGAAAGCCUUUGACAAUAUUUCUUGGAGUUUUAUGAAGAAGAAUUUAUCGGGGAUGGGGGUUGGCAAAAGUUUUGGAAAUGGUAUAGGUGCAAUUUAUUCAGAACAAAGGGCCAAAUUAAUUGUGAAUAACGUAGUGACGGAAGAAUUUAAGAUUGAGAAAGGAACACGACAGGGUUGCCCAAUCUCUCCAUUGCUUUUUAUUUCGGUCCUGGAGGUUCUGUUAAAUAUGAUUAGAAGGGACCAAUUGGUUAAAGGUAUACAAGUGGGAGCUAAACAGUACAAACUGAAAGCAUUUGCAGAUGACUUAGUACUGACUUUACAGGAGCCAGAAUCAAGCACGAAAAGAGUACUAGAAUUGAUUCAAGAAUUUGGCCAGGUAGCAGGUUUUAAGUUGAAUAAGAUGAAAACUAAAGUCCUGGAGAAAAAUCUGAACGUGAUUGAGAGAGAGAAGUUUCAGAGAGAGACAGGUCUGACAUUGGUUAAGAAAGUGAAAUAUUUAGGGGUUAAUAUGACUGCUAAGAAUGUGAAUUUAUUUAAGGAUAACUAUGAAAAAUGUUGAACUGAAGUGAAAAAGAUUUAGAAAUAUGGUCAAAUUUGAAGUUAUCGUUGCUAGGCCGAAUUGCUGUGAUAAAAAUGAAUGUAUUGCCAAGAAUGUUAUUUCUGUUCCAAUCACUGCAAAUUUUGGACAAAAUGGACUGUUUCAAGAAGUGGCAGAGAGAUAUUUCCAGAUUUGUCUGGCAGGGCAAGAAGCCCCGUAUAAAAUUUAAGGUUUUAACUGAUGCUAAAGAAAGAGGUGGAUUUGCCCUGCCAGACUUAAAACUUUACUAUGAAUCAGCUGCUUUUUGCUGGCUGAGAGAAUGGAUGCUUCUUGAAAAUACGGAUGUUUUGGAUUUGGAAGGUUUCAAUAAUGUAUUUGGUUGGCAUGCAUAUUUGUGGUAUGAUAAGGUCAAAGCACACAAAGCGUUCAAAAACCAUAUUGUAAGAAAAGCACUGUUUAAUGUCUGGAUAAGAUAUAAGGAUUUGUUAGAAAAUAAAACCCCAAGAUGGCUGUCACCUAUGGAGGCAAAGGCCCAGAAAAACUCAAUAGGGAGGCCAAAUGGCCGAAGUAUUGGGAAAUCUUGGAACAAGAGGGUGACAGAUUAAAAUUACAGAGCUUUGAAAAAUUAAAAAACAGAGUGCGAGAUUGGCUCCAUUAUUAUCAAAUAAUGGAGGCAUAUAAUCAGGACAAAAAAAUAGGUUUUCAAGUGGAAAAAUCAAAGCUGGAAACAGAAUUGUUAGACCCUAAAGUUAAGAAUUUGUCAAGAAUGUAUAACUUGCUAUUGAAAUGGAAUACUCAGGAUGAAAUGGUGAAAUCUGCUAUGAUUAAAUGGGCACAGGAUGUUGGACAUAAUAUUAUGAUAGCUGACUGGGAACAGUUAUGGACCACUGGUAUGAAGUUUACGGCAUGCAAUGCCUUAAAAGAGAAUUUAAUGAAAAUGAUUUACAGGUGGUACAUAACACCAGUCAAGCUUGCAAAAAUUUAUCAUUUGCCUGAUAAUAAAUGUUGGAAAUGCAAUGAAACUGAAGGUACUUUCUUUCACCUCUGGUGGACAUGCCCAAAGAUUAAGGCAUUCUGGGAGAUGAUCUAUAAUGAAAUGAAAAAGGUAUUUAAAUAUACCUUCUUAAAGAAACCAGAGGCCUUUCUCCUGGGCAUGGUGGGCCAAUUGGUGCCAAAGAAGGACAGAGUUUUUUCAUGUAUGCUACAACAGCAGCAAGAAUACUCAUUGCAAAGCACUGGAAGACACAAGACCUACCUACCAGGGAAGAAUGGCAGAUGAAACUGAUGGACUACAUGGAAUUGGCGGAAAUGACUGGCAGAAUCCGAGACCAGGGAGAAGAGUCGGUGGAAGAAGAUUGGAAAAAUUCAAAGCUUAUUUACAGAAAUAUUCUAAAAUUAAUGAAUGUUAGAAAGAUGCUGGAAAGAAGUUAUAUGACUUUAGUAGAAAUAUUAUAAAGAAUCAAGUAUGAAUAGAUUGAUAUUGGGUAAAGAGGUAAAUUUAAGUCUAAAAUUGUGUUAAGUUAAAUUAUGGAACUAAAUUUGUGAAAGAGGGAAAGGACUUGCUGGAAUAUUUAAUUGAACUAGAAUACAAAAAAGGAGGUGUGAGGAAGUCGAGGAAAUAAGCAAAUGAAAGAUAAGUAUAUGAAAACAUGUGGUUCUUUUGUAUGUUUGUUUCUUCUCUUUUGGGUUUUUCUUUUUUAAAAAAAUGCUUUUGCUUUCUUUUCUUUUUCUUUUUGUAUUGUUGAUGUUUUGUACUAUUGUAUUUAUUUUUGUUUUUGAGGCUUUGUAAUUGUUUAUUGCUUAUAUUUUUCUUCUGUUUUUUUGCAGUGUCUAAACUUCAAUAAAUACUUUAUAUAUAUAUAAAAAAAGAAGUCAUCUCAAGGCAGCCCUGUAUUGGAAAGUUUUUGGAAACCCAGUCAGAUGGGUGGGGUAUGAUGAUGAUGUUGAUGAUGAUGAUGAUGAUGAUGAUGCCAGGUCAGUCUAAGUGUCUUUCUUGCUUAUUGGCAUCUGCUCUCAUUGGCAGCACCUCUUCAGGGUCUCAGUCAGAGGUGUCUCCUACCACCUGCUACCUGAUCUUCUUAACUGCAGGUGCCAGGGAUUGAACAUCCAUGAGAGACAUGUGCUCUGCAACUCUAUCAGUCCAUCCCCAAAGGAAGCUGUGGGGUGAAGGAGAAUGAAGCCCUGCUGAAAUUCAGUGCAGAAAAGUGCUUGGCUUUGCCUUGGCUUUGCCCACAAAGUCUAGUCUUGAGCCACACCUGCUGAAUCAGAGAUGGAGAACAUGCAGCCCCAGCCAGCCUGGCCCAAGGUCAGGCAUGUUGUCAUUUCACAGCCUUCUGAAGCUUGAUUUCUAUCAGGGUUCAUCCCAUUUUCAGUAGAAUUCUUGUGGGUUUGAUUCCAAGGGCCUUUUUAGCGAUAGCACCCUUUACAGUCAUACCUCAGGUUACAGAUGCUUCGUUUUUCAGGUUACGGACCGCCGAAACCUGGAAGUACUGGAACGGGUUACUUCCGGGUUUCGGCAGUUGCGCAUGCGCAGAAGCGCCGAAUCACAACCCGCGCGUGAGCAGACGCGCCGCUGCGGGUUGCGAACGUGCAUCCCACACAGAUCAUGUUCGCAACCCGAGAGUCCACUGUAUUUGGAAUGGCUUCGUGGGACAGAUUCCUGAGGCAUUUACAUAAUUCAGGCCCCAGAUUUUGUUCACAAAGUAAUAUUUUAAUCAUCAUGUUUUCAAAAUGCAUAUUUGGGAGGGGAGUAGCCCAUUCCCUCCAACAUUUCUCCGAUGAAAAUAGGGACAUCCUACAGUAAAACAGGACAUUCCAUGAUGAAAUCAGAAACCAGGGUGGCUUCUAUAAAUCCGGGACUGUCCCUGGAAAAUAGGGACACUUGGAGGGUCUGGGGGGGCUUGUUGGGGCCCCUGUGUGAUUCUUCAUUUGUUCCCCCUCUCACUUAACAGCAGGCUAAGGGCACCUUUGCCACUCUGCAGAGAUAUAGUACAGUCAGCUCACACACUCCUCCCAGGCUGGGAUUGAGAUCAAUCAGACACCCCAGCCAUAAAUCUCAGCACAGUGACUCCACAGUGACCGUGUCUCUGCUUUUAAUUUCUUGAGCAGUUAAGGAAAGAAAAGCCACAAUUGGACAUUGACAUGAUCUUGCUUUGACCCACAGCAUAAUGGCAGAGCAUGGCUCGCAACUCUGGUCACAGAGGGACAAAUAAACAAUGCUUCUUGGGUUGGUCUCCUAUCUUUCAUUGGGCACAAGACCCAAUGAAACUUGUAUUUGCCACAAGGAGACAAAAUACUCAAGUGGCAUUCAUAGUCUCUGGCUUAUAUUCCACAUAAGAUGUUCAUUCAAUAAAGUAGUGGGUGGGGGAUCAAUUUCAAGAAGGCCCCAUGAAAACACACUGCAAAUUCAACCGUGAAAAGGACAAACCAAGACUUGCAACACUGUGACCGUCUAAAUACCAAACAUGGCUUUGAAUUCACGAGCUUUUCAUGCUAAUCAAAUGCUGCUCUCCUUGUGCUUUGAGGAGAUAAGAAGCUACAAUACCCAGCUCUCUUGGUCUGGCCACGCUUUAACUCCUGCUGAGAUAAAAAAAAUAGAGCUACAACUGGGAAUAAAUUUGCCUCUUAUACAACUUGUAUGGCUGCAAUGUUUAGUUGGUGAAUCAGUUAUAUUAGUUGGUUAUAGGGCUGAAUGAAAAUGAAGGGAAUGACACAUUUCAUGAGCAACUUUGACCUCACAUGAUGAUGUCACUGGUGGCAAACGAAGUUAAAUUUGGAGUGAAUGCAGUUCCCUUACUCUGCACUAACUUAACUCGCCUUCAAUGAGAUCAUUACAGACAAAUCUCCCUAGAUACCUGAAAAUGGUACUGUUUCCAUGAAAAGAAGUCUGCCAAUCUGAGCGGUGAACAACAGUGAAUGGACAGGUAAGCACUGGAGAAGUUGUUUGGGGGACAUUUUAGUUGCGUGACAAGGCCCUCUUUUUGUCCUAAAAAAACCAAGAAUAAACAAAAGCUUAUUAUUGAACAUUCAGCUCACCCUCCUAAUUAAAAGCUUUUUCCCCCAGCUUACCUUUAUUAUUUCCAAACAUUUCAAGGCAUUUCAAAACAGUGUUUGUUUUAUUUGCUUUGACAAUUAAAUAUUUAACCAUUGUUUUGACAAUUUAAAUACUUUAAAAAUUACAUCUUUCAUUCAAUAGCGACAACUUUGCUCAGUUAAAAAGGUGCUCCUGAUUAAUCAGGCAGCAAAACUGGUAGUUCAAAAAAUGUUAAAUAUGUUUAAUGUAACUUCUUACAUUCUCACAGGUCCAUAUAAGAAGAGCAUAAACAGUUGGGCCUGAUGAGCAUUUACUGUUCCCAACCCUAAUCCUGCCGAAAGCCAUCUAAUUAGAUUUUAAUUUGAUCCUGACUUGUUUUUAGGUUUAGGACGUAAUUUAAUUAUUGUUUGAUUUUAUACCAAUGUUAUAUAUUUGAUGUUAGCCACCCUGAGCCCGGUUUCGGCCGGGGAGGACGGGAUGCAAAUAAAAGUUUAUUAUUAUUAUUAUUAUUAUUAUUAUUAUUAUUAUUAGCGGGGAUGGUCACUGUAUUAGAAGAGGCAUUCCACCUCCCAUCUUAGAAAGGAAGGAAUGCCUCUCAGUAGAAGGUCAUUUUAGACUCUGGACUUGAUGGUCUUACAUGAGUUCCCCUUUUUAGAUGUAUUAUUUUAAAAUUUGGUAAACUGGCUGAGUUUGAAAGCCCUUCUGUUCAUUUUCAGAAGAAUGGUGAGAACAUACAUUUCGGCAUUUGUCCCAAAGUCCUGCCUUGUCUGUGCCACUGUUGCCUCUUCUAAGAUGAGUACUGCUAUGCAUGUGCAUGCAUCAGCUAAAUAUGCCAAAACCAAUGCUUUGUUUUCAUCACAGGCACUGUUUUACACAUAUGCAUAUUUGGGCAGAUUGUAUCAACUAAUGAAUAAAUUGAAACUUGUUUGACUAAUUAAUUGGGUGCCACCCCUAACAAAGCCCUAACAAAAUUGCUCUGUCUAGUGGUCCUUUUCCAGAGAUUUGUGGGAUAUUCUUGCCUUCCUUCAGGAACUUGAUUGAGCUUGGAAAUGAUGGGGAAUGUAUUCUUUCCUGUUCAUCAGGAAUAGAGCCGUGGUCCUCCAGAUGUUGUUGAACAGAGGUGGGGUCCAUCAACAGCUGAAGGGCCACAGUUUCUCUGUCCUACUGUACACGAUGAGUAACUAAGCAUCUGAAUACCCCCAGCAGAAUAAUCCGUUUCAUCCAUUUAUUCUGGCAUAUACGAUAUUAGCUGGGCAGAAAAAGAAGCAAAGAAACAUUUGCCUGCUUUGGAAGAAAUUAGAGUCUGAAGCAAACAUGUUUAAAUACGCCAAGUCCUCUCAAGACCCAGACUAAGUGGCGCCCGCUCAGGGAGUUCAAAGGCUAUAUUGUGUUGUGGACAACAGGAUUUGCAGCUUUCUGUUUUACACCCCCCCCCCCCCAGUAUGAGUGGAGGAGAAAUUCAGUUUGGUUAAUUUUUUUAGGUGAACCUACCUUAUUUGCACUUCCUGAAACAAUAUGCCAACCAGAACAGAGCUAUCCUUUGAAAUUCUAACUUCUCCAAACCUUGUGAUGUAGUUGUGUACAAAAAAAAUCACAUUCAGGGAAAGUGUGUAUUCAAAUGCACACACUGAAAAGAAGUGUGUUCUGUUAGGAAAAGCCGAUAACCUUUCACCAGGAUCUUUUGCUGAAAAUUGCAAACUGACGCCGAAAAAUGUUGAACUGAACUUUAUGAAUGGGGAAAUAAAAACUGGCGACUCACUCACCCCUAACGCUCACCCAUGUGGCCCAUUAUGCUCUCAAUUUUUUUUAUUAUUAACUUGUUCAUGGCUGGUGGUUCAAGAAUGCAAGACUGCUCUCAGGACAGCGACUUGCUUGCUUGCUUCUCAGUAUACACAAAACUCUGGAAAUAUUGUAGUUUGUAUCGCAGCAUGCAUUGUACUAGAACUGAUGGUCUUUCUUUGCUCUUCCUGGUGUCAGUGUAGCUUAAAUGGUUAGAGCAGGGGUCAGCACCUUGUGGGAGGGCAGACUAUUUUUUUGGGGGGGAGAACGAAUUCCCAUGCCCCACAAAUAGCCCAGAGAUGCAUUUAAAUAAAAGCACACAUUCUACUCAUGUAAAAACACGCUGAUUCCCAGACCAUCUGCAGGCUGGAUUUAGAAGGCAAUUGGUCCUGAUCCGGCCCCUGGGCCUUUGUUUGCCUACCCAUGGGUUAGAGCAUGGUGCUGAUAAUGCCAAAGACAGCUGCAUAUUCCUACAACUCUACAAUUCUAUUUCUUAUGGGAUAGAAGUUCAAUGAAAGCCCCUUUGUAGCCUUCAACACACCCCACACAUAUGUCAGGGCCAAACAACACUUUGGUGGCACUAUUUCUUGCCAUUAUCUGUGAGUUUGUGGGCUGCGGGGGGAACAUUAUGAAAAUGAGGACAGUUGUAUUUGACAUUUCCCCCCUUUCCCUGUUACAUCUUAAAUUUGUUGUUAGGGACAAGCAACCCCCCCCCCUAAACAGAUCUGAGACUAUGAGGCAUUGAAAGAUGAGGAACCCCACAUAAUAUGGGCACAGGGCUGCCCCCACAUGGCAGCUGUUGGAAUUACCGGUAUCAUUUCAUCUUUGGUUCCCAAGGGAAUUGUGCAAAAGAAAGAUCCCGCCUUCCUUGCUCUCAGGCAUCCAAUAGGCAAGUGACAAUUAGAAUAGUGCUGAAGGGUGUCAAAAAGGAGUGUCCCUUCACCCCAUUGGCUAGAAUCCGGAUCACAGAGGCUAGAAAACCAAGAUUUUGAGACCAGGAUCUCAGCCAGGAGCUAGGAAUGAGGUAAACCAAGACUGGGAAGACUAAGUCAACCAAGGUAGGAAGGAACAGAUCUCGUAGGGGAGGGGUGUUGGCGGGGAUGGAGGAGAAAUACAUUUGGUUCACAUUUUAAAGCAAGCCAAUCUAAUUCACUAGUUCCAAGAUUAUAUGCAGGUUGGAAUGCAACUACCAAUCAGACCACAAACUUUUCCAAACCUUAUGGUACAGUUUCGUUAAAAGUACAUUUUAAUAUUAAUAUUUAUUUCAUUUAUGAAUUGCUUCCUAAGAAGCAUCACAGAGCAAUUUCACAAUAGAAUUAUAAAUAGAUAACAAUUGCAUGCGGUAAAAUCACAGAUAUUAAAGCUGCUUAAACAACUGCAUUUAGCUUUCUUUUUAAAAAAAUUUAGGGGCCAUCUAUAACUUUUCUCUUUUGUGGCCGAACUGGAUGAAAUUUCAGGAGAGGUUCUGCUGUAUUUUUCCUGCAAGGGCAGCCUUUACAGUUUCAUGGUGGUUUAAAAACACACUAUUCACUUAAUCUUCGCUUAAUUUGCUUAAUCAUUGUUUUGUGACCAAUUUGCAUGAAAGAGGCAUAUAUCAUAGAGGUGCCCCUAGGUAAGAAAUCUGCCAAAUUUCAGAAGGAUGGGCACAGGACGAUUUGGAGGAGCCAAAAAAAUUUGCUCCCCCAUUGCUUUGGUUUGGUGGCCAGUUUGUAUGCAUACACCAAAGAGGUACCAUUAAGUCAAUAACCUGCACGACAGAAAGAAACUUUUAAGUGUUUCAUCCUUGAUGGAAUGGGUGAUUAACACCCUCUUGAGAAAAUAUGAGAUGGACUCUUGUGGACAUCUUACAAUGCAUGCUGAGCCUUUGAAAUGCGGGGUGUUUUUAAAAGGGAUUCUCUGUCCCUCUUCAGUGAGAAAUUUGCAGUACAGUCGUACCUUGGUUGUUGAACAGAAUCCAUUCCAGAAGUCCGUUCGACUUCCAAAAACGUUUGACAACCAAGGCUUGACUUCCGAUUGGCUACAGGAGCUGCCUGCACUCAAUCGGAAGCCACAGAAGCCACACUGGACGUUCGGGCUCCAAAGAACAUUCACAAACCGGAACACUCAUUUCCAGGAUUGCGACGUUCAGGUUCCUAGGUAUGGCUGUACUUUUUUCCAUGCGACGGUGCUGAACACCAAACCCGGUGUGUUUGGUGCAACCUAAACCCCUACUUGUGUGUUCUUGAAAGUCCCUCAAAGUACCCCUUCACCUACCGUAUUUUUCGCUCCAUAAGACGCACCUGACCAUAAGACGCACCUAGUUUUUAGAGGAGGAAAACAAGAAAAAAAAUAUUCUGAACAAAACAGUGGAUGUAUGAUUUUUGUGGUUCAUGCUGUGGCCACAGACAUGUGAUUUGACGGUGAAUUUGGGGUGACCCAAUGCAAAAAUCCUGAGAAUCCAUGUGGAUCCGUGCUUUGUAACCAUGUUUUUGCACCAUUGCAGCCCCAGGAAACAGUGGAUGUGUGAUUUUUUUGGUGCAGGCUGUAGCCAUGGACAUGCUAUAUGAUCUGAUAGUGAAUUUGGGGUGACCCAAUGUAAAAAUCUUGAGGAUCCAUGGGCUUUUACAUCCCCCCUCCCAGGCAGCCUCCGCUAGCAUCCCUUAUCUCUCUCCCGAUCCCACCGAUCAGUUGUUUCCUUUCAACACUCUCUUCCCUCUUGUUUGCCUUAGUGUCUUUACCUUAGCUGGAGUAGUGUCUUUACCUUAGCUGGAGCAGUUUUUUGCUCCUCCUUUUCUUCAAAUUUCUCUCCUUAUUGCUUUAGUCUUCCUGUUUCCCACCUUUGCAAGUUUGCUGUCUUUACCUCCCCCCUCCCAGGCAGCCUCCUUUAUCUCUAGCGUCCCUUAUCUCUCUCCCCAAUCGGCAAACGAUCAGCGGCUUUGUUUCAACACCCACUUCCCUCUUUCAAAAAAAAAAAAAGUGUGUAUUACGGAGCGAAAAAUACGGUAUAUUCUUUCAGUAAAACAGGAUGUGACCUUCUCACUCUUUGGUUCAAAGCGGGCAGCCUAGCUCACCACUGGGUUUUCCAUUAUGCUGCAGGAGAAAGGUGGCAUGGCCAUUUCUUUCCCUCACCAGUUAUGCUUCCCUAGUUGUUUAUUCGAAACAUAGGAAGCUGCCCUAUACCAAGGCAGAGCAAACUGGUCCACCUACCUCUGUACUUCCGACACUGACUGGCAGUGGCUCUCCAGAGUUCCAGCCAUUCUCAGCACUACUUGGAGAAGGGUUGUGACUCACUGGUAGGACAUCUGCUUUGUAUGUAGAUUGCCCCAGGGCCAAUCCUAGCAUCUCUAGGUAGGACUGGGAAAGACCUCCAUCUGGAGAGCCUCUGUCAGUCAGUGUAGACAUUACAGAGCUAGCUGAUCCAAUGGCCUGACUCCAUAGGUUGCUAGGAUUGAAUCUGGGGUUUUAUGCAUGCAUUGAGCCAGUGGCACAGUUACUCAAAGCUACUGUGAAGGCAUCACCAUUAAAAGAGGCAACUUUAAGAGAGCCCAACCAGUUUGGUCACACUGGGCAUGGAGCCUCAGUGGCUCGACAGGGGAUGCUGCAACUGUGAUGUUGAAUGGAAAAGGCGGGGGGUGAAUUUUGGUGUCGCACAGAGCACUGCUGAAAUUUGAGAUGCCAAGGUCGUCCACUGUCUUUAGCAGGAAGGGAUGCCUUACCCUCUGCUCUACCAAGCAGCCAGGGGAAACGUGCUUGGUUGGAUUGACCUAGGUUUUUCGGACUUGGUGGACUUCACAUGCCUACUCGGGGAGUUGUCAGCUGUAGUCCCCUGCUGAACAGGCAGCAGCUGGUAUAGGAGCAACCUUGUUCAAAUUCCCUUCGCUCUGUGAUCAAAAGUAAAAAGGAGAGCCCCUGAGUAAACUAUUCUCCAGUUGGAAGCCAAAGCUGUCAGUCACAAAAGUACACCACUAAUCUCUCUCCCUCUGCAUUUGUCCCAUCCUAGUUUUUUUUUCUUCCUUAUAUGGAAAGUUUGAGGAGAAACAUUGUCACUUUUGCUGGCACACGGUUUGCCUCUCCCGUUGCCUCCGAAACUCUGAAUGGUUUGUGAGGCUUCAGGAUGAUCCAGAUUGUUUGGUGUGAAUCAAAGGGAAGCUGCUUUAGCUUGGAUGCCUCUCAAAUCCCUCUGAAUCAGAUUGAUGUGGCUCAGGAUGUUGGAUUCAUCUGAACCUGAUGCACACCUCUAAUCUAUAUCACUAGUCACACACACACAACAAACAAACUACACAACACACAAACCAUCCCUAUAGCAUUUAAAAAUGCUUCAUAUUUUUUUCUUUAAUUUUUUUUUAAUACACUGAAGUAAGAUAGUGUAGAUUUACUCAUGUACAUGUAGCACUUUAAAUGCAUACCAUAUAUCUCCAAAGAAUUUGCUCUCAUUUGUAAAUUGUUAAUAACUUGGAAAAGCAUGAGCUUCUUCACUCCAACAUAGUCAAUAGCAUUCCUCCCUCCCAUCCUUUUUCUGCAAUGGUAAAAUUGACUUGACCAGAAGCUACUUAAAAUCUGAUCCAGCCAAUCUCAUCCCUUCACUGACUUGCAUGAGACGUGGGGAAGACCCCUUGCCCUUGUUGGUUAGGCAACAUUGCAAGCCGGUGCCUUCCCGCAUCAGGAUCCGAUCAGGAGCAGCCUAUUGCGGGGGAGGGGGGUCCCCGGCUGGUGCGACCCCAAAAUGGACCUUGCACCAGUCAGAGAAGUGGAUCAUAGCCUGCCCACAAAUUGGUCAAUCACGAGCAGACUGCUUGGCUAGCUCCAUCCAGAUUGGACGAAGACAGUAGGCUUCACUCUGAUCUGCCUCUGGGGUAUAUAUUGGCAGCCAGCAUCCACCUCCUCGUGCAGUUCCUCGUCAGAUCUCCUGCCCACUUCCCUAUCCCUUGGCUUUACAUGCUGUGUACUUGACCUUGCUAUGGAAUAUUUGUUGGUCGUUGUACAGUGGUACCUUGGGUUAAGAACUUAAUUCGUUCCGGAGGUCCGUUCUUAACCUGAAACGGUUCUUAACCUGAGGCGCGCUUUUGCUAAUGUGGCCUCCUGCUGCCGCUGCUCCGCUAGUGCGUGAUUUCUGUUCUUAUCCUGGGGCAAAGUUCUUAACCUGGAGCAACCACUUCCUGGUUAGCAGAGUUUGUAACCCGAAGCGUCUGUAACCCGAGGUACCACUGUAUCUGAGACCAGGCAGGAAUUUGUCCAUUGGACUAAUUGGCUGUUUCCCUUGGUUUUGCCUGUCUCAUUGCAAUUGUCGCAUCUUUGGUGGCUAGGCAUUGGGUAAGACUUACUCUUUGGUGGAUGGGAGGUUGCAGCCUCUGCCUGCCCCUCCAGUCUUCCAGGGUUAUCCCCUUGAAGGGAUCCAGUGGAAUUUGCUUCUGUCCAGAUGCCCAGGCAGGGGUUAGGGUCAUAGCACUUUUCAGGGUGGCAAUGCCGCAGGGGGUUCCUACUUGAUAUGUGCCAUAGGACCUCUUCGCCUCGGGUUGACCCCAAAACAUAUACCCCAGCAGGUGGGCUGGAGGUGUGUUUGUUAUACCCAAUGCCUAUGCCAAACCUUUACACCUGGAAUCGAUAAAGUUUUGGCCUGAUUUUACCCCAAGUGAUGUUGUUCUGUCUGUUCUUUCUAGAUGUGGGGGGAGGGGUGCCUGGCCCACACAAGUACUACAACAGAACUUCCAAGUACAGUGGUACCUUGGGUUAAGAACUUAAUUUGUUCUGGAGGUCCGUUCUUAACCUGAAACUGUUCUUAACCUAAGGUACCACUUUAGCUAAUGGGGCCUCCUGCUGCCGCCACACCACUGCCCCGCGAUUUCUGGUCUCAUCCUGAAGCAAAGUUCUUAACCCGAGGUACUAUUUCUGGGUUAGUGGAGUCUGUAACCUGAAGUGCCUGUAACCCAAGGUACCACUGUAUCCCUAUUUUCUAGAGAUUGUCUUGGAUUUACAGAAGCCAUCCUAGUUUCUUAUUUGAUCCCCCUUUUCCUUAGGAUGUCCCUAUUUUCAUCAAAGAAAUGUUGGAGGGUAUGCUACAAUUGGGAGCAAUGGACAGGCUAUUUCCCCCUACAGCAACCCUCUUCCCCCACUUUAUGUUUGCACAUAUAUGAAGCUGCUAGUCAUAGUUCUGGGUCGGUGCCAGAGUAGUGCAAAGGGGGGGAAAUGUUCUGUUUCCAUAAGGAAAUGAUUGUCCAUACACAGCCUAAGGAAGCUUCUUUUCUGUAUCUGUUCUCAUCUCAGAAAAGGUAAGGUAUUAGGCUGCAAUCCCAAACACUCUUUCUAGGGAGGAAGUCCUACAUAUCCUCCAAUAUUUCUCCAAAGAAAAUAGGGAUGUCCUGUUACAGUGGUACCUCGGGUUAAGAACUUAAUUCGUUCUGGAGGUCCAUUCUUAACCUGAAACUGUUCUUAACCUGAGGUUCCACUUUAGCUAAUGGGGCCUCCCGCUGCUGCCGCACCGGUGCUGAACGAUUUCUGUUCUCAUCCUGAGGCAAAGUUCUUAACCCGAGGUACUAUUUCUGGGUUAGCAGAGUCUGUAACCUGAAGAGUCUGUAACCUGAAGCGUCUGUAACCCGAGGUACCACUGUACGUAAUAAAAAUAAGAAUAAGAAUUUUCCUAUUUAUACAGCCUGGGCUGCCCCAGCCACUCUGAGUGGCUUCCAAGAUAUAUAAAAACAUAAUAAAACGUUAGACAUUAAAAAAAAACCCUUCCCUAUGCAGGGCUACCUUCACAUGACUUGGGGGUUGCAUAACUCUAUUCCCUCCCAACAUUUCGCUGAUGAAAUAGAGACACCGUACCAUAUCCUCCAACAUUUCUUUGAUGAAAAUAGGGACGUCCUAAGUAAAAGCAGGACAUUCUGGGAUGAAAUCAGAAACAAGGAUGGCUUCUGUAAAUCUGGGACUGUCCCAGGAAAAUACUUGGAGGGUCUGAGUCUCACGGAACACAUCGGGACCACUUCUGAAUAAACAGACACAGGAUUUGACUGAUACUGUUUGUGUUUACUCAGAAGUACGUAAGCCCCAUUAUGGUCAGUGAGCCUUACUGGUGUAGUUUGUGCCUCAGUGGCGCAAACAUUAUCAAAAGUGCUCCCCCAUGUGGAAAAACCGCAGACCUUCCAAGUUUCCCUAUUUUCCAGGAGCGUCCGUGAUUUAGAGAAACCAUCCCAGUUUCUGAUUUGAUCCUAGCAUGUUCCACUUUUCCUUAGGAUGUCCCUAUUUUCACUGGUGAAAUGUUGGACGGUAUGGAGUUAUCCGACCCCUGAGCCAUCAGAAAGCAAUCCUGUAUAGGGAAGGGUUUUUUAAAAAAUGUUUAAUGUUUUAUUAUGUUUUUAUAUAUGGUGGACACUGCCCAGAGUGGCUGGGGCUACCCAGUAAGAUGUGUGGAGUAUAAAUAGUAAAAUUAUCAUUAUGAAAUGGGACAUCCCUAUUUUCAAUGGAGAAAUGUUGGAGGGUAUGGAACCAAGAAUAACCCAACGUUAGUGCUGAAUACAGAUUAUUCCGGAAUUCCAAUAGAUAUUUUAUAUUUUUACAUUCCAGGCUGAAGUAUGAUCAAAAUGUUGCUUCUAUGGGCCUGGAUCGCUCUUCUGUGUGGUAAGUAUAGUCAUGGCUAUAAACUUUUGUGUUCUAACAGAAAACUAUAGAUUAAAGUGCUUUUGGGCCCAUGUGCAACCUGCAAUCUAUGUUGCACUCACUAUUUUUUAUUUAACAAAAUUGAUAUACCUCUUGCUAGAACAAAAGACCUGUAACUUGUUUACAAAAAAAAAAACAGUCUAAAAAAAGUCAUGCAAGUCACUUUGAGCUCUUUAGGUAACAAGUGACUAGUAAGUCUUAAUAAUAAUAAUAAUAAUAAUAAUAAUAAUAAUAAUGUACAAAAUAAAACCAGUAAUUAUUACAAAUGUUGCAGUUACAUACCUGGAUAGGCUUGCUAGAAUAAAAAUGGUUUAGCAGCCCCUGAAAAAAGUACAGCUUGCUGUCUUCCCAUAGGCAUCAGGUUUGCCACUGUGAGAACAGUAGGCUGGGAUAUAUAAACCUUCAGCUUGAUUCUGCCUUCAGAGGCAGAAUACUGCCUUGAGAGCCAUUUUGAUUUUCAGUUAUUUCAGCAAAUGCAUCCCUCUCUCAUCUCUUUAGGUAGAGUUUCUGGGCGAACCCAAGGGAAGCACUUCAUAACAGCCUUCAUGCAGAACGGGUUGCAGAAAAGCUUUGAGGAUGGCAGUUUCAAACUCUUCGUCACUGGCCUAAAAGACGGCACCUCUGUCACUGUUGCCGUCUACAAGACCAAGUUCCUGAGGGACUUUGCUGUCAAGCGUGGUGAGACCGUGCCAGUACAGUUGCCAAGUAACGUCGAAAUGGUUGGAAGCAACAAAUUCCACUCUGCCAUCAUCGUCAGGGCCUCCCAUGAUGUCACGGUCCUCUCACUUAGCUCCAAACCCAACUCAGUUGCCACCACAGUUGUCUACCCCAGGUAUUUACUUGGGAAUACUCACUAUGUGGUGACACCUUCUGGAGAGCCUUCCAAGGGCUUCCAGGAGUUCUCCGUGGUAUCCAGCCAGGACCCUACUCAAGUCUUCAUCUAUGUCACCGGCCAAGUGACUUUCCAUGGGGUGACUUAUGGGCCAGGAAGCAAGCUCGUUGUCUCCCUUGAAGCUUACCAAGCUGUCCAGAUCCAAAGCCACCAGGACCUUUCUGGCACCAAAGUGGUCUCUCACAAGCCGGUUGUAGUCUUGUCUGGCCACAGUUGCAUUUGGGCACAUGACAAUUGCCAGCAUGUUUCUGAGCAGCUGCUGCCCACCCGGAAAUGGGGCAAAGAAUUCUUGGUAGCCCCACUGCCCUUCCAGACCAAUUACGAUGUGGCCUAUGUGGCUGCUUGCCAGACAACACACCUCCAAGUCCGUUCUGGCAGCCAUUAUGCCAAGCACCAUUUGCAAGAUGGGCAGGUGAUUGCAGUUGAAGUGAGAGGCCAAAAGCCCCUGUACAUCUCUUCCAAUGUGGGUGUCCAAGUGCUGUUCUAUGCCACAGGAGGGGUCAAAGAGGGUGUUCCCUAUGACCCCUUCCUCUCUGGUGUCCCUGCAAUGUCUGACUACUCCAAAUCCUACGGCAUCCUGGGUCAGGAAGGCUUCCACAACCUGGGACUCAUUGUCGCAGAGAGCAGAACGUGCCAGAGCAUUACCUUAGACAAGCAACCACUGCAUUAUGCACACUGGCGGGUCAUACCAGGCACUUCCUACUCCUGGACUGAGUUCAUCUUCAGUGGGCACCAGGCAAUGCACUUUGUAGAACACCCCAAGUCUACCUUCAGCCUUCUGAGCAUUGGGGUCGCCCCACACAAUAGCUAUGGCUCUGUGGCCUUUGCCAUCCAUUGUAAGUCCUGCCUUCCUUCCUCCUUUCCAUCCUUCCUGUUACAUGCUGCACAUCCAGAGUUCCCCUGAUGUAUCCAAGAUCUCAAAGUCAUCUCCAGCUGCCAUAUCUAUUUCUUCUUCUUAACCUAUAUCACCAUAUCCCAGAGGUAAGGAAGCUGCGGCCUUCCAUAUGUUGUUGGACUCCAACUCUCAACUACAUGGCCAAUGAACAGGGAUGGUAAGAGUUGUAGUUCAGCAACUAUUGGAAGACCACCAGUGUCCAGUCUCUGGUGCAGGAGCUAUUGUGUCUUUUUCAGUCUGAGCACAAUUAAGGCAAAGUUUGCUUCUGCACUAGAGCUAUUUAGCACUGCUAAGGCAUUGCUUGUACCCAAUCUGCUGGAAGAGGGAUUAAAAUGGUCAUUCCAUGCAGUAUUUAAUGCUGUUACUAAAUUUAGCAAAGCCCACCAGCAAUGCUAUUUUUCUAGAAAAAGAGGUGCCAGAAUUCACCAUGAACGCCUCCCUCAUUCUCUUAGAAUGGCAAUGGCACCCACCUGAAAGGUGCCGGAGCUGAGUUCUAAUGAGUUCUGGCUGGGGGGGGGGGACCCUGCCCACCAGCAAGGCCAAGAUCCUACAAUAAUGUUUAUUCAGAGGCCUCAUUCAGUAAAAAUCCCUACAAUUUUAUGAAGAAGUGUGGCUCCUACCAACUGUAGUAUUAGAGAGGAAUUGCCUCUUAAAAGCUUCUUAAUUAAUUAGUUCCUGUUCUAAUCAGAGGGGCUUUGAUUCUUCAUUUCCUCACUUCUUUCUUUUUUAUAAAUUGCAGUUGACAAAAAGAAAAGAAAAAGAAUGAGAGCAAACCAAUGAGCAAAGUUUGCAUCCCUUGAGAGAACAGGAGCUAAGAAAUUCAAUGUUAAAUGUACUUAUGAUUUGCUUAAUGAUUUUAUUACAUGUUCACUUUCACUGAAUACUGUGCACAGCCUAAACACACACACACACAUCAAGCCGUCUAGAAAUUUUCAAAAUAAAAUAAAUCUAUAAUGCCAUGUCCCUACUGAGCAGGAAGCAUAAGAUCCAAGAAGGAAAUUUCUAAUUAAAAGGGCAUUAGCCCUGAAAAACUUCAGUAACAUUACCUGUGCACUCCUGUUGCAUUUUUAAUUUUAAAAAUUGAUGCAAAUCAGGUCUGAAAAAGGUGGAUGGGGAACUCAGAAAGCACUGGAAUGCAAUAGAUUGGCAAUUCCAUUUUCUGGAUUCUCUCUGACAAGUGAGUGAUCAAAGGAUUAAACUGCUACUAUGGAACAUUUAGGCUGCUUUAGUAAGGGAAUUAUGGAAGUCUGAGAACAGUGUCAUGCAGCACUGUGUUCUCCCAUCUUGGGUGUCCAGAUAUUGCUGUAUCCCAUAUCUCAUCAUCCCCAGCUGGCUUUGGAUGAUGGCAGUUGUAGUUCAACAACAGCUGGGGACCCAAGGUUGAAGAGCACAGGUACAUCACGCAAUUUUGCAAAAAAGGGAAACAGAAGUGAUCUUAUGACAUGUCAGACCAUUUGCUCACCUAGUCCAGAACGAUCUGCUUUCCUUGGCAGCAGAGCUGCAGGGCCCUACCCAACUCCUGUUACCUGACUCUUGUAAACAGAGGUGCCAAGGACUGAGCCUGGAACAUAGACACAACCUGCAAAUGGUCUAGAACUGACCACCUUCUGCAAGCAACAGUUCCAGCUGAUCAGCCAGCUAGCAAGGGAGUGAGGGGCACCAAAAGUGUAAGGCAAAGGCAAAGAGGAAGUGCUUGAAGAACUGCUUUGCAUGCAGAAGGUCCCAGGCUCAAUCCUUGGUUUCUCCUGGUAAGGCUGGGAAAGACUCCCUAUCUGAAACUUUUGCAGAGCCACAUCCAGUCAGUGUGGACAAUGCUGAGCUUGUUGGGCCAGUGGUCUGACUUUGUAGGAGGCCGCUUGCUGUGUUUCUAUGUGCUUUUGUACUUACAUGACCUACUUCUCCUUAGGGCUGAACACAAAGAGCCUUCUCUGAUUAGCUGAGUGCACAGGUAGGUUGAUAUGGGAGGAAAGAAGGGAGGACAGUGCUAUAUGAAGAAACCUGCAGUCCCAUGAUCCCUUUCCAUCAGUCAUGCUUGGCUUGGGCUGAUGGAAGCUGAUGCCCAACAACAUCUGAAAGGCCACAGGUUCCUCACCCAUGAUGUACAGAAAUGGUUGGUGGUGGGGGGCAGGCUUUGAGAUUCUGUGGAACAGGGCGUUAUUUCAUAGCCUAUUAUUUCCUUUUCUCUUUCAUGUCUUUCUGGGCCUUCCAAGAUAUUUCUGUACUGAUAGCUCUUCCAUUUACCCUCAGUGAUUCUUUGUGUUUUCUAGCAGCCCUGCCUCCACUGAGCCCUCAUCCCAUCCCCUGCAGUGGAACGAGUUGUGGAAAGGGAUACGUAUGCAGCAUUACGCACAAUCAGCCACAAUGCGUCCCAGAACCUCAGACCUGCAAUACCAUCCAAUGCCAAGAGGGGACAGUGUGCAAGAUAGUAGAGGGCCAUGCCAGGUGUGUCCCUCACCCACCAUCUUGUCAUCAAGUCCAGUGCCAAGAAGGGUCAAUAUGUGACCUAGCUGAUGGCUUCCCUAAAUGUAUCCCAGCACCGGCAUCCUGUGAGAAUACUCAAUGCAAGCCGGGAACAGUGUGCAGCCUCAUCAAUGGCUGGCCCCAGUGUGUGCCCCACCAGCCUUCCUGCCACAAAGUCCAAUGUGAAGUUGGGACUGAAUGCGAGGUUGUCCAUGGUCAGCCUAAAUGUGUCCCGGUAACAGCAUCAUGCGGUGUCCUUCUUUGUGAUAAAGGGGCCAUGUGUGAAGUGAUCGAUGGCUACCCGACGUGUGUCCGAUUGCCACCAUCCUGCCUGCAGACUGUCUGCGAGCAAGGGACUGUGUGUAAUAUUGUGGAUGGUUGGCCUAAGUGUGUCCCAGGGCCAUCCUGUGCCAAUUUAAAUUGUGUGGUUGGCACUGAAUGCAAGACUGUGAACAACUUGCCCAGGUGUGUACCUGUCUUACCGUCCUGUGACAAAGUUCACUGCAAGCAGGGGACAGUAUGUAAGAUAGCUAAUGGGAUUCCCGCCUGCGUGCCCAUUGCACCUUCCUGUGGCACGGUUCACUGCAAAGAAGGGACAAUCUGUGAGAUCACCGAUGGCAUGCCCAAGUGUGUGCCCACCGUAAUAUCCUGUGACAAAAUCCAGUGCGCAGUGGGAAAUGUCUGCAAAAUGGUGAACGGGUGGCCCAGCUGCAUGCCCCUGCUGCACUCCUGUGAGAAUACUGAAUGCAAAACGGGAACAGUGUGUGAUAUUGUCAAUGGCUGGCCAAUGUGCAUCCCAGAUAAACCAACGUCGUGUGCGUCCUUUACUUGCACAGAAGAGGCCGUGUGUGAAAUGGUUGAUGGCAAGCCAACAUGCAUACCCAUCCCACUUUCCUGUGACAGAUAUAAAUGCAGACAAGGAACUGUAUGUGAAAUAGUGCAUAACUGGCCCACGUGUGUGCCUUUGCCAUCUUCAUGUCAGAAAACAAAAUGCGCAGAGGGGACUGUUUGCAAAUUCAUUGACGGAAGGCCCAAAUGCAUUCCCAUCCCUCCCACCUGCGACAAGUUGCAAUGUAAAGUGGGAACCAUCUGUAAAACUGUUAACGGAUGGCCAGAAUGUGUUCCAGCCCCUCACUCCUGUGAAAACGUCUACUGUAGACAAGGGACCGUUUGUAAAAUCAUCCAAGGUUGGCCCCAGUGCACAGCAAUCCAACCGUCCUGUGACAAAAUCCAUUGCAGUGAGGGGACAACUUGUAAAAUGGUUGAUGGUUGGCCUCAGUGUGUGCCUAUCCCACCCACCUGUGACAAACUCGGCUGCAGGGAUGGGACUACUUGUGAAAUUAUAGAUGGUUGGCCAAUGUGUGUUCCAAUCCCAGCCUCUUGUGACAAAAUCCAGUGCAAAGAAGGAACACUUUGUAAAUUAGUUGAUGACUGGCCCACCUGCAUUCCCAUUAGAAACUCGUGUGAAAAAUUCACCUGCAGUACAGGAACUGUGUGUGAGAUAUACGAAGGGCAUCCAAGGUGUAUUUCCAUCUCACCUUCUUGUGACAAGUUUAAUUGCAAAGAGGGAACUGUUUGUGAAAUCAGUAGUGGUUGGCCUAAAUGUGUUGCCCGUCCCAGCUUGUCCUCUUGUGAAAAAUUCACCUGCAGUGCAGGGACCAAGUGUGAGAUAUACGAAGGACAUCCAAGGUGUAUUUCCGUCUCGCCUUCCUGUGACAAGUUCCAUUGCAAAGAAGGGACAGUUUGUGAGAUCAGUAGUGGUUGGCCCAAAUGUGUUCCCCGUCCCAGCUUGUCCUCUUGUGAAAAAUUCAGCUGUCAUGCAGGGACCAAGUGUGAGAUAUACGAAGGACAUCCAAGGUGUAUUUCCAUCUCGCCUUCCUGUGACAAGUUCCAUUGCAAAGAAGGGACUGUAUGUGAAAUCAGUAGUGGUUGGCCCAAAUGUGUUCCCCAUUCCAGCUUGUCCUCUUGUGAAAAAAUCAGCUGCAGUGCAGGGACCAAGUGUGAGAUAUAUGAAGGGCAUCCAAGAUGUAUUUCCGUCUCGCCUUCCUGUGACAAGUUUCAUUGCAAAGAAGGGACUAUAUGUGAAAUCAGUAGUGGUUGGCCCAAAUGUGUUCCACGUUCCAGCUUGUCCUCUUGUGAAAAAUUCACCUGCAGUGCAGGGACCAAGUGUGAGAUAUAUGAAGGGCAUCCAAGAUGUAUUUCCGUCUCGCCUUCCUGUGACAAGUUCCAUUGCAAAGAAGGGACAGUUUGUGAAAUCAGUAGUGGUUGGCCCACAUGCGUUCCCCGUCCCAGCUUGUCCUCUUGUGAAAAAAUCAGCUGCAGUGCAGGGACCAAGUGUGAGAUAUACGAAGGGCAUCCAAGAUGUAUUUCCAUAUCGCCUUCCUGUGACAAGUUCCAUUGCAAAGAAGGGACUGUAUGUGAGAUCAGUAGUGGUUGGCCCACAUGCGUUCCCCGUCCCAGCUUGUCCUCUUGUGAAAAAUUCAGCUGCAGUGCAGGGACCAAGUGUGAGAUAUACGAGGGGCAUCCAAGAUGUAUUUCCGUCUCACCUUCCUGUGACAAGUUCCAUUGCAAAGAAGGGACAGUUUGUGAAAUCAGUAGUGGUGGGCCCAAAUGUGUUCCCCAUUCCAGCUUGUCCUCCUGUGAAAAAUUCAGCUGCAGUGCAGGGACCAAGUGUGAGAUAUACGAGGGGCAUCCAAGAUGUAUUUCCGUCUCACCUUCCUGUGACAAGUUCCAUUGCAAAGAAGGGACUGUAUGUGAGAUCAGUAGUGGUUGGCCCACAUGCGUUCCCCAUUCCAACUCAGCUUCCUGUGAAAAAUUCAGUUGCAGUGCAGGGACCAAGUGUGAGAUAUAUGAAGGGCAUCCAAGAUGUAUUUCCGUCUCGCCUUCCUGUGACAAGUUCCAUUGCAAAGAAGGGACAGUUUGUGAAAUCAGUAGUGGUUGGCCCACAUGCGUUCUCCGUUCCAGCUUGUCAUCCUGUGAAAAAGUUACUUGCAGUGCAGGGACCAAGUGUGAGAUAUACGAGGGGCAUCCAAGAUGUAUUUCCGUCUCGCCUUCCUGUGACAAGUUCCAUUGCAAAGAAGGGACUGUAUGUGAGAUCAGUAGUGGUUGGCCCACAUGCGUUCCCCAUUCCAACCCAGCUUCCUGUGAAAAAUUCAGCUGCAGUGCAGGGACCAAGUGUGAGAUAUACGAAGGGCAUCCAAGAUGUAUUUCCGUCUCGCCUUCCUGUGACAAGUUCCAUUGCAAAGAAGGGACUGUAUGUGAGAUCAGUAGUGGUUGGCCCACAUGCGUUCCCCAUUCCAACCCAGCUUCCUGUGAAAAAUUCAGCUGCAGUGCAGGGACUAAGUGUGAGAUAUACGAAGGGCAUCCAAGAUGUAUUUCUGUCUCGCCUUCCUGUGACAAUUUUCAUUGCAAAGAAGGGACAGUUUGUGAAAUCAGCAGUGGUUGGCCCAAAUGUGUUGCCCGUAUGAGCCCAUCUGCUUGUGAAAAAAUCAGCUGUCAUGCAGGGACUGUGUGUGAGAUAUAUGAAGGGCAUCCAAGGUGUAUUUCCAUCUCGCCUUCCUGUGACAAGUUCCAUUGCAAAGAAGGGACUGUAUGUGAGAUCAGUAGUGGUUGGCCCAAAUGCGUUCCCCAUUCCAACCCAGCUUCCUGUGAAAAAUUCAGCUGCAGUGCAGGGACUGUGUGUCAAAUGGCUUAUGGCUGGCCCAGAUGUGUUACAAUCCCACCCUCCUGUGACCAAUUUAGCUGCAGUGCAGGGACUGUGUGUCAAAUUGUUUCUGGUUGGCCCACAUGUGUUCCCAUCCCACCCUCCUGUGGAAAUGUCAGCUGCAACGUCGGGACUGUAUGUCAAAAGGUUUUGGGUGGGCCCCAAUGUGUUCCCAGCCCACUUUCCUGUGCAAAAUUCAGUUGCAGUGCAGGGACAGUGUGUCACAUGAUUUCCGGUUGGCCCCAAUGUGUUCCGAGCCCUCCUUCCUGUGACCACUUCCAUUGCCAAGAUGGGACAGUUUGUAAAAUUGUGGACUAUUGGCCCAGAUGUGUUGCUGUCCCACCAUCCUGCGACAGAGCACAUUGUCAAAGGGGGACUGUUUGUGAGGUCAUCAGUGGCUUGCCAACUUGUGUACCCAUUCUGUCUUCCUGUAACAAAACUCACUGUACACAGGGAAUGGUGUGCCAGAUUGCACAUGGCCGGCCAACAUGUGUUCCAGCAGCAGCACCUUCUUGCGCUUCUGUACAUUGUCAAGUGGGGACUGUGUGUCGGCUUGUUAAUGGAUUCCCCCAAUGUGUGCACAACCCACCUUCCUGUGACAAAUUCCGCUGCAGUGUGGGGACUGUCUGUCAGAUUGUGAAUGCCUGGCCCCAGUGCGUCCCUCUGCCGAGCUCCUGCCAUAGUACCCAUUGCCAAAGGGGAACUGUAUGUCAAGUUAUAAAUGGACGGCCCAAAUGUGUGCCAGUAGCAGCACAAGCAUGCCGCACAAUUCACUGCAAGAGAGGGACAACCUGUAAAGUUGUGAAUGGUGUCCCCAAGUGUGUGUCUGUUUCGCCCGCCCAGUCAAUCUGCUGGGCCUCUGGACAACCCCACUACCACACCUUUGACGGACGCAGCUACGAUUUCCAAGGUACCUGCACUUACACCGUGGUUAAGACCUGCCAACCCACUUCAGCUCUACCUUUCUUCCAUAUCUACACCAAGAGCCAGAAGAACUCCCGGUUCUCUUUCGUCAGCCAGGUCACCAUCUCUGUCUAUGGCUCCAACAUCACCAUGGUCAAGUACGAAUAUGGCCUUGUCAGAGUAAGAGCCCAUCUCUGUGUGGUUUUAUUAAAACUGAGGAAGUGGCGCCAGGGGUUGGGAAUCUAUAGUUGUUGCUGGACUUCCACUCAUUUCAGACUGUUGGCCAUGCUGGCUGGGGCUGAUGGGAGCUGAAGUCCAAUAACAACUGGAGGGCUACAGUUUGCUUAUUUAUUUUAUUUCUCUCACACACCUGUCCUUCACUAUAGCAUUCCAGGGUAGGUUACGAGAGACAGAGAGAGAGAGAGAGAGAGAGAGAGAGAGAGAGAGAGAGAGAGAGAGAGAGAGAUUGGUUCAGCAGCCUCUGCAGGGCCAGCAGUUUCCUACACCUUUUUUCUUUUAAUUGCUGCAUUUGAAGGUGGUGGAGAUUUUGUCUCCUAUCUACCUUUGUCAGAAUCCACUUAUCUGAAACCAUCCUUCUUUACUGUGCUAUUCUCACAGUUUUUCAGACACUCCCUGAUUUUCCAAAUUUGCAUUUGUCAUCUCGGGGUGCUUCCCCACAAAAGUACUUGACUAUUCCAAGUAUAAGGAUCCGUACGGAUCAGGAAUAAAUAUGGCUCUGUUUAUAUUUUAAUGCGAGCCUACCAAGUUCACAUUUUCUGAAAUGAUAUGCAAACUCAAACAGCUCACUUUCAAAAUUUGCAAUUCUCUGAAUUUUGCAUUGCAGUUCUGCAACCGAAAAAAAGGGCCGAAAAUGUGGCAUUAGGGGAAAGCAUACAUAAAAACACCAAUAGCAGUGAAAUGCAUUGUUAGAAAAACCUGCUUGCAAAAAUGUGCAUAUUUGGAGAAAUGCACAAUGAAAUGUUGACAACUUUGUGAGAACAUUAUUUUUAAAAGAAACGAAUUGCAAAGUGAAGCAGAAGUGCAGCAAAGUGAACUUAAGCCUAGAAAAAAGAGAAGCUGACAGAUUCAUGCAGACCUACUCCUUUCUCGGUGUUGUUGUUUUAUGUAAACGUGUUCUGACUGAGCCACAGAAACAUAAGAAGCUGCCUUAUGAAAAGUCAGAUUAUUUUCCCACCUGGCCUAGUAUUGCCUGUUUUGACCGGCAGCAAGUCUCCAGCUACAAAGUCUUCUUGAUCCUUUUUUGAACCUGGAGAUAUGCAAGGGACUUUCUUUUAAAAAUCUUGUUUCACGUCACCUGGAAGUCACGUGAUCACAAAUGAUUCUACUUUAUUAGUCAGCAUCACAACUAAAGUUGCUUCUUUAAAUAGAAACUUCCUGAAAGAGAAGUUUGACCUCACUAGAAAUGUUGGCGUUUUGCUUCGUCACAGCCUUUGCAAGCCUGGAUUCCUUCAGAGGUUGUUGGGACUCCAACACCCAUCGUCACUCACCAUUGGCCACACUGGCUGGGGCAGAUGGGAAUUGGAGUCCCAAAAAGCUGGAGGGCAUCGGGUGAGGGAAUGCUGCUGUGUCACUUCAAUUAAUUUGCAGAGUAUGUGUAUAUAAUCUUGACUAAAGAGAAACAUUCUUUUAUCUGCCUUUGCCGCUUCCAGGUCAACCAAGUACGCUCCCGCCUGCCCAUAAGCAUGCAUGAUGGGAAGCUCUCCUUAUACCACAGAGGAGGCCAACUGGUUGUGGAAACAUCAUUUGGUCUGAAAGUUUACUAUGACUGGAACUAUUACCUAGUGGUGAAGGUCACUCCAGCCUUUCGGAGCCAUAUCUGCGGCCUCUGUGGCAACUACAACGGGGACCCCAAUGAUGACUUUAUGACAUCUUUGGGAGGCUUUGCCACCGAUCCUGUGGAGUUUGGCAGGAGCUGGAAGGUGGAAGAUGGUGAUAGCCAAUGCAGUCAUGGCUGCCAUGGCAAAUGCUGGCGCUGUUCUCCAGAGAUGGCGACCAGAUACAGAGCGGAGACUUAUUGCGGCCUGCUUACUAAGCACAGAGGUGGCCCGUUCCGACAUUGCCAUGCCUUGAUUGACCCCAAGCCCUAUUUGAACGACUGUGUGAUUGAUUUGUGUGCCUUUGAGGGCUACAAGCAGAUAUUAUGCCGAGCACUGAAGACUUACGCUGAUGCCUGCCAAAGAGAAGGGGCAGUGAUAUCUGCCUGGAGAAAACAUGCCGGAUGCCGUGAGUACUGCAGAGCAUUCAUGGAGAGAGGGAUCGAGCUACUUAUGCAAUUAUGGGCACCUAGAUGAGGGUCGUAUUGUAGUAUUUAUUAUUUACGUGUGAAAUACAUAUCCUGCCCUUCCUCCCAAAGGAGUCUAGGGAAGCAAACACACAAAAGAUAAAGUCAUUAAAACAUCUAAAAUAUAUAAGAAAGUUUCCAACACAGAUGCAGACUGGGAACGAUCUCUGCUUAAAAGGCUUGUGCAAAGAGACAGGUGUUCACUAGGAACCAAAAGAUAACAGAGGUGGUGCCUGUUUAAUAUUUAAUAGGAGGGAGUUCCCAAGGGUAGGUGCUAUGACACUAAAGAACUAAUUACUAUAUUGGACAGAAUAGUCCUCCUGAUAAGAUGAUGUCUGCAGGAAACGCUCUCCUGGAGAGUGCUGUGAUCAGUUGGGUAUAAAAGGGAUGAGAUGAUCGACUAAGUAAGCUAGUCCCUGAACUUAGCCCAGUAUUAAUUGGCAGCCGGUGCAAUUCUUUCAGCUGCAUCAUAACAUGGUGGUAAUAUCCUGCCCAAGUGAGCAAUUGAACUGCCACAGUUUGCACUUGCUAAAGCUUCCAGACUAACCUCAAAUUCAGCCCUGCAUAGACCCAUUGCAGUAAUGCAACCUGUGGUUCCAGAAGGGAAUGUGUUUCAUAACUGAAAUACUGAAAUACUGUGCACAUAUAUGGGCAUAUAUUAAGUAAGUGUAUUCAGGAAUACACUAUCAUAAAAUAAAAUAAAAAGAUUUGACCCUGCUAUUUAGCUAAAAGGCUCUCCCGCAGUUCAAUAAUCCUGAACCACCUUGUGGGGGGAAAUGGCUACUUUAGUUUGAUAGAUAAGCUUACAGCAAGGAUGGGAAACCUAUGUCCCUUCAGAUGUUCUUGAACUACAGCUCCCAUGAUCCCUAGCCAUUGGCCUUGCCAGCUGAUAGGAGAACCCUGAUUUAGAACCUCAAUGUAUUAGAUGAAAUGUUGCUAUCAAGCAAAGAUAGGGCUUUAUGUAAGAACAGUGGAUGUGCUCACCUCUGCUUUCCUUUCUGCAGCCAUGUCUUGCCCUGACUACAGUCAAUACAUGCCCUGUGGCUCAGCAUGUCCUGCCACCUGCACCAACCCUGAUGCUCCAAAGCAGUGUCACCUGCCCUGCGUGGAGACCUGCCAAUGCAAGGCUGGCUAUGUGCUGGAUAGUGGCAAGUGUAUUCCCAAAAACCGGUGCGGCUGCGCCUACCAUGGUCGUCUCUAUGCACCCAAUGAGCAGUUCUGGGGUGACCAGCAGUGCCAUCAGCGUUGCUUGUGCAGGGCACAAGAUAAAAAAGUGAUCUGCCAUGAGUCCCGUUGCAGGGAGAUGGAAGGGUGCCAUGUUGUCAAUGGCAUGAGAAAGUGCUACCCCACCUACUAUGGGACCUGCACUGCUGUGGGACAGUUGCAUUACGUCACCUUUGAUGGGUUGCGCUAUGACUUCUACGGGACCUGUGUUUAUCGCCUGGUUGAAAUCUGCCACAAGAGAGCAAACCUGACCCAGUUUCAAGUCCUGGUUCGGCAUGAAAGGAAGGGACACAAGGAUUAUCCUGCCACCAAAGCCAUUGAGAUCAAAGUCUAUGGUUUUACAAUCACAGUCAGCCAUAGUAAAGUCUUGGUGAGUGCACUUCUUCUGCCCUUCUGCUAGAACUCAUGCAAUUUCUUGGAUUUAUCAAUCACUUCUUAUUUCUGAGGUUGAUUAUUCAGUAUGAAAGGCGCAAGCAACCCAAACAGGAUGGUUUAUUCACAAUUAUGUAUUGAUGUGGAGCUUUUAAAGUUCUUCUGUCUCCAUAGUAUCUUCUCCUAGGGCUAGGCACAACUCACCAUUUUCAUUUAUGUAUUUGCUUCUUUGUUUCCUUUCUUUUAUAUCCACACUUUCUUCCAUAAUGGAAUCCAAGGUAGCAUACAUGAACAAAGCUAUCAAUGGUUACCAGUCAUGAUGACUAUGUUCUACCUCCACUCUUAGAGACAGAAUGCCUCUGAAUACCAGUUGCUUGGAAGUACAAGUGAGAAGAGUAGCCCUGUUGCACUUGUAUCCUGCCUGUAGGCUUCCCAGGGGCAUCUGGGAACUAGAAUAAUGAACCAGAUGGACCAUUGUCCUCAUCCAACAGGGCUGUUCUUGUGUUCUUUUGUUCCCAAAUAUCUUGACUUGCAAGUUGAAUACCUACAGGUGGUCCAACUAUGUGUCCAUUUAUUUGCUGUGGUGGUUAGGACUGAUGAGUGUUAUAGCCCAAAACAUCUGGACAGCAUCCAGUUGGGGAAAGUUUAUCUAGCACAUUACUGUUUACUUAGACUGGCAGUGGCUCUGAGACAGUGAUUGGCAGGCAGAGUCUUUUCCAUCACCUACUGCUACCUGGUCCAUUUGAGUGAAGGCAAGACCUUUUCCCUGAAAAGCAUGUGUUGUCCCACAUCUGCUUUAUACAACAUCUCUAAAUUAUUUUCUCUCUUUCUUUCUCCCUGCCUCACCUACCUUUUCCAGUUGAAUGGAUUGUUGGUCCACCUGCCCUACAACAUUGAAUACAACAAAGUUGCCCUCUACCACCAUGGCUGGGAUAUUGUGAUCACGACUGAUUUUGGUUUAACUGUCGCAUUUGAUGGGACUAACAAUAUCCGUCUCACAGUGCCAGGAGCCUACAGGGGUGACGUGUGUGGCUUGUGUGGCAAUUUCAAUGGGCAGGCAGAUGAUGACAUGACUCUGCAACACAGCCAAGUUCUGACAACUAACCCAGGGGACUUUGGCCGAAGCUGGAAAGUUCGGGACAUCCCAGGGUGCAUUGAGAAGGAGAAGGAGGCCUGUGCAGACCUUGUGAACAUUGAACACUCACAGAAGACGAGCAAGGAGUGUGGCCUCCUGCUGGACAUGCGUGGCCCUUUCAGGGAGUGCCACAGCAAGGUGCCACCUCAAUCAUAUUUCAAAGACUGUGUCUUUGACUUUUGCUCCAACAAGACCAAUAAAAAUGCCGUCUGUCACAUCAUCUCCUCCUAUGCCGCAGCUUGCCAAGCAUAUGGCACCAGGGUCUAUGAGUGGAGAUCUGCCAGUUUCUGUAGUAAGUUCAUGGGCAAUAACCUUGCAGAAAGUGAACCCCCAGUUCCUGCCAAGGAAUGAUGAGUACAUAAACUCCCGGGCCAAUUUUCAAAAUUAUUUUAUUUGAUGGAGAAAGUGGAUAGAAAGUUUUUCCCUUUCUCAGUACUUAGAACUUGAGGUUGUCCACACUGAUUGGCAGGUGAUUCAGGACAAAUAAGGGGAAGAGCCUAUGUUCACAAUAUAUGGAACUUGUUGCUACAGAUUGUGGUGGUUGCCACUUGCAUACACACAAUGGGUAUUUGACAACUAUCUGUGGAAUGAAAAGUGGUAUAUAAAUACAUUAUAAUAUGUUAUGUUCAUCAUCAAUGAUAGCUAUAGUCACGAUAGCUAUAGGCGACCUCCAAGUUUCAGAGUUCAUAUAAAUCUGGGUAGCAGUUGCUGGAGAGCCUGAUGGGAAAAUCAGUUUCUUCAUCCUCUGCUUGUGGACUUCUCAGAAGAAUCUGGUUGGGCUUUGUGGAAAAUAGGAUGUUGAAUUGGAUGGACAUUUUGAUCUGAUUCAGCUUAUGCACUUAUUCCUAGAGUCAGGAUCUGGAGAUCUCCCUGUUAGAAACAAGAUUUGGAAAUGUCUGAAAAUAGUAUCUCUUCCUACACUUACAUUUUAGGUUGGGGGGAUUAGGAGAAGACGCCAGACUAAGUGGGGUUCCACCAGGUCAAUAAUGUCUUCCUGUCUCUCUCCAGCUCCUAAAUGCAGCGCAAACAGCCGCUAUAAAGUCUGCACCAGCAAUUGCCCAGUGACGUGUCUCAGCCUCUUUAACCCAGUAGCGUGCACUACUAGAUGCCACGAGGGAUGCGAAUGCAAUGAAGGUUAUGUUCUUAGUGGCGACCAGUGUGUUCCCAUCUCCCAGUGUGGCUGUGUCCACCAAGGCUUCUACUACAAGGCGGGUGACUCUUUCUAUCUCAACGGAUUCUGCAAGGAGCGAUGUGUAUGCCAAGUAGGUGGCAUCAUGGACUGCCACCGUUCCUCCUGUGGUCCUAAUGAGGAAUGUCGUGUGGUGGAAGGUGUCCAGAAAUGCCACUCACUUGCCCCCAAGAGGAGUGGCUCUUGUCAUGUGGCUGGUGACCCACACUAUCUCACCUUUGAUGGCACCACAUUUGACCUCCAGAGCAAUUGCACCUACACCCUGGCUAGGAGCUGCACGCAGAAGACCUCCCUUCAGCCUUUCUCUGUCAACGUGGAGAAUGAGAGGCGGUCCAGGGGCAAGGUCUCUGUGACGAAGGUCGUGUCAGUCACAGCUUAUCAAAACACCAUCUCCAUCUUGCGGGAAAAGAGAGGCAUUGUCCUGGUAAGCCUUUGUGAAACGGAGAGCAAUGGAACAUGGUUGCUUGGUCAAAAGACAUGAGGUGUUGAAUAUAUAGGGUGAAUGGUUGCAGCAAUGAGGUUGUGUAAUGAUAUAGCUAUGGGUAAUGAUGGAGUCAGCGGAUGGGCUGUAGCUCAGUGCAGAGAAUCUGCCUUGUAUGAAAAAGGUUCCAGGUUCAAUCCCCAACAUCUGGGGCUGGCAGAAACCCCUGAGAAACCCUGGAAGGUUCCUGCCAGUCAGUGUAGACAAUACUGAGCUAGAUGAACCAAUGGUCUGAUUCAAUAUAAGACAGCUUCCUAUGUUCAAGAUGAGCAAAGUAGAACUGAUGUGUGGCUUGUGGGCAACAAUCAAUAUACAAUAGUCAUAUUAGCAAGGCUAGAUCUAGGUUUGGGAGAGGCCUUGGGAAAGUCUCUACAGGUGGGCCCCCUACUUCAUUAGUGAGUCCCUGUGGCCAAAGCUGGCAGCAGCAGCACUAUAAUUAGUGUUUGACAAGGCCAUAUUACCCAUAGGUGCUAGGGGUGCGGGGCACCUGGGCGCUGGGCUCUUGGGGCACCAGCCGAGAGUCUGGCGAAGAGCCCACCCGCCAGUCAGAGUGCUGCGGUGGGCUCUUCUGCUGCGGGCGACCAAGCCAGCAAGACGCUGGGUGGCCAGCCAGCUCUGCCCUCAUGCGCACCUGGGACUGGGCAACUGGGGGGGGUGCUGGGUGGAUCUUUGCACCCCGGCGCCACAUAUGCUUUAGACAGCCCUGGUGUUUGGGCAGCUUGGCAACACCUUUUUUAAUUUUCUGCUUUGACAUUACAGGAAAUCUAAAAUGGUGGCUCCAAGCCAUCCAGCACAAGGGGUCCAGGGCAGGUGUCAGUACAGUGAUGGGCCCUGCUUGCAAUCUGGAGAGCCUAGUGUUCAGGGAUGCUAUGUGCUAAUGCUAGGUUUUCAUGUAUAAGGAACAUACGUAGAAAACAGACCAGUAAACAAGGGCAAAAGGUGAAACUACAUCAGAUGUUGGUUUGGACACAUCAGAGGAGUGGCCAUUGUCUCAAACUGUCUGCCUGCCUAAUUCUCACUAACUUUCCACUGCCACAGGUCAAUGGUGCAACCACCUACUUACCUUUCCGGCUGGUAAGUGAUGGUAUGUGGGCGUACUACCAUGGUGACAACAUUGUGAUUCGGACAGACUUUGGCUUAUUCGUCUCUUUUGACCAGCUCUACCAUCUUGUUGUCAGAGUACCUGAAUCCUAUCAGGGCCAGACCUGUGGCCUAUGUGGUAAUUAUAAUGGCAGAUCCAAUGAUGACCUCUUCCUGCCCACUGGCCACCCAGCCUCAAGCGUCCAAGUCUUUGCAGCUGCUUGGAGAGUGGACAUCCCCACGGCUGUCUGUGCAGAUGAUUGUGCUGCUUCAGUAUGUGGUGCAUGCAGAGAGAGCCGGAAGGCCAGCUAUGUACACAGCAGUCAAUGUGGCAUACUUCAAGCCCCAUAUGGGCCUUUCAGUGCCUGCUUUUCCACCAUCAACCCUGCAGACUUCUACAACAAUUGCGUGCAUGACCUCUGCAAAGCAAGAGGGAACACUGUUAUCCUCUGCCGGGCUAUCCAUGCCUACGUCACUGCCUGUCAAGCGGCAGGCGUCAAGAUCAAGCCUUGGAGGACAGCAGCAUUCUGCCGUAAGUCCUCCUAUAGAACUAGCUUUCUAAGGCCACGGGCACCUAACCCCACUUUCACAACCCCUGCCAGCAUCCUUCUUGAUCUGUGCACACUAGUAUCUAUUAACAAUCUCAACUAUACAUCCAAGAACAGGUAUUACCAACUUGUCUGCUCAUAGUCCGGGCUUGGUGAUGGAAGCGGCAGCAUGUAACAUCCCAAUUCGUACUUUGCAAAACAAUGGUAAUUUUCCAAAUGCAGUGCUGCAACCCAGUGUACAAAAGUGCAUAUACUAGAGUAAAGUGUGCAUAAAAGUUCAUAUAUUAGGGGGAAAUAAUUCACAAAGAUGCUUUAUAUUAUAUUAUGCUUUAUAUUAUGCUUUAUAUUAGGGAAAAUCACUUUGCAAAAAUGUGCAUGUUAGGCAAAACUGCAUACAAAAUUGUGCAUAAUGGCAGGGGAGAAAUCACAUUGAAAUGUUGUUGAGUUUUCCCAAUGACUUUAAAAAAAGCAAACUGACAUGGAAAGGUGGAGACCUGAACUUAAGAUGGGAAAAACAAGGAACUGGGAAUAAACAAAACUGUGAGAUUUACCAAUUCCUAUUCUCCAUCUGGCCCCCAUAUGUUGUCAGGUGUGAGGCAGCUGAGUCCAGUUCAAAUUUGUACCCUUGAUUGGCCAAGUUUGGCAUGUGGGAUGGUGAUUUCUUAUCCAUGGUGCAGACAGUACUGAGCUAAAUGGACAAAAUGGUCUGAACUGACUCAGUAUCCUAGCUCCCUAUGUUCCUAAUCCACACUCAUCUUCCCCUUUCAUAUAGUAACUUAAUUUCCCCCAAUCUUUCUUGCAGCUAUGAAGUGCCCAGUCAACAGUCACUAUGAUAUCUGUGUCAGAGCUUGCCCCAGAGGUUGCAGAGAAGCAGUCAGCAUCACCAAGUGCUCUAGCAACUGUGCCGAAGGCUGCCAGUGCAAAAAGGGUUACUUUAUGGCUGGGUAUCAUUGUGUGCCUAUUAGUCAAUGCCGGUGCUUUCACCAGGGCACAUGGUUUAAGGCAAGUGACAAGCACUUUCUGAAAGAACAAGAACAUGUUACCCCAAUACACAAGCUGGCUAAACUGGAAUGCUUGAAUUUAAAGGCAUUUUGUUCAGUUGGGCUGUGGUUUCUCUACAAAGAUCAGGAAGAGAUGCUAGUGUGUGUGUGCGUGUGUGUGUGUGUGUGAGAGAGAGAGAGAGAGAGAGAGAAGGAGAAGGAGAAGAACUUUAACAUGCACACUUACAAACAGAGGCAUAACCACAGCUGCACACUCACGGAUUGUUCUUGUUAAGAAUUCUUCUGCACCAAGGGGAAAUAACACCUGAAGAAGCGUUUUGCUCCAACAGGAAGCAGAAGGCUAGCUGGGAUGUUUAUGGAGCAACGGGAAGAAAUAAUGUUGUAGAGGCAGAAAUGGGAGUGGUGUAGGUUCCAGAAGCACAUUUGUGGGUGUCACACGCCCCUGAAGUUUGUUAGGCAGAUCUUUCAGUGUGGUGGCAUUCAUGUUUUGGAAUAUGCUCCCACUGGAAAUUAGGAGGCACCAACUAUUUUUUUCUAUUUUUACUCAAUGAUGUGAUGAAAGUAUUUUUUUUUCUGUGUCAAACACACACACAAAUUUGCAGUUGGGUCAGCAGAACUGUGAUGAUAACAUAUGGAAGAUACCACAUAAACUCACCAUACAUUAUAUGAUUUCAAACAUGGCAAAAUGCAAGAGUCACCUGCUUUCAACACUGUGUUUUUAUUGGCAGGUUGGAGUGAAGGUGAUCACAGCCAACUGCAGGGAGGAGUGUACCUGCCAUCGUCAAGGUCGGGUCGUGUGCACACCGCUACCAUGUGCAGCUGGACAAACCUGUGUCCUGAGUAAUGCCAAGUGGACUUGUAUCCGGCAAGAGGGCCAUUGCACCAUUUCCCAGGGGCACAUCUUCACAACUUACGACGGGGUCUCCGGAAAGGUUCCCCCUGUAGGGUCCUAUGAGAUCUCCGUGCUCAUCAACGCCAAGUCUACAUCUUGGUUCCGGGUGGUAAUUCAGCUGCAGAAAUGUCCUGCAUGCCCCACACCCCUUGUGGUCACUGUCACAAUCUAUUUCCACAAGCUUAUUGUGCUGGUGAAGCAGGACAGCUCAGUCACGGUAAGAAGUAAAGAAUGGAAGCUGACAGAACUCAUAUUCUAUCAGCCAUUAUACCUUUCAGUAUCCACUUCUUAUUUCCACAUAAGCUUUCUUGCCAAUCAACACACCGCCAUCUCACCUCCCACUCUUCCCACUAACUUGUCAUCCUUUUUAUUUAUCCGCCCUGGAAUGCUGUAACUAAUGAGCAUUAAAUUAGUGUAUACAGUUGCAAUAGACACUCUAUAAGGGUGGGCUUAAUUCUCUUUGGCCAGCCUUCCAUAGGAUUCAUGCCAGAAGUGGGCAGGGCCAAAGCCAAUAGCAGGAAAAGCAAUAACUGACAAGGGGUGGAGCCACUCUACACUUUCACACAUGCAUGCACCAUACCCACCCACAUAAAUACACACGUUACACAUUCAGCACUCACCACACAGUCAGUUGGCAAUAGAGAUGCAGGUUGGAUGAGACUAGUCUGAUAUAGGAAAGCUUUAUAUGAAAACUCUGGAGAGGUGAAUGCAUUGAAAAAUGUAAAGCAUAGAAUUGGAGGGGCACAGAGAUCAGAGAAAGAAAAAAGAUGUUAAGAAUUGCCACUGAAUCAGCAAAUUUAAGGGUAGUUUUGCUCAAACAAAAUGCCCAGGGAUAUAGAAGACUAUCAGUAGUUUUCUUAGGGGCUAGUGACAUAAUUCAGUGUGUGUGUCACAGAAAGAGUGAACGAGCGAAUAGGUACACUUCUGAGUCAUAGGCAAUGGCGUAGUUGAAACUCAAGUUGAAUUCGAAGGUCCUCUCAAGAGAAACUUCUAUACAAAUUCAAAGGAAAAUGAAAGGAAUUUUGAUAAUGGGCAUGUGUGUAUUCACAUACAUUUCUGGAAAGGUUCCCUAGCAAAUGUGCUAGAUGUAUGAUACAGAAAAUGGAGGGAGGGGUGGUAGUCUAAGGCCAUGAGCUUUAGAAGUUUUGUGACAAAAGCUUGAAAUUGAUGCAGCUUGCAGGAUCCAAUGCAGAGGCUUAAGGGGCAGGUCAUGGUCAUAUCAUGGGGAAGAACAGCGAGUUUAGCAGAAGCUAUAUCUCUCCAGCAACCACACAUCUUCUAAAGUUAUAUUGUUGUUCUCCUUGUUUUGUCUUUAUCAUCUGUAGUAGUUCUAAAUGACCAUCUGGUUUACAUGUUAUAGGUUAAUGGGCACCCAGUGCAUCUUCCAGUCCAGCCCUCAAAGGAAGUAUCGAUAAGCCUGGCUCAGGACUUGGUGACAGUGGCACACAGAUCAGGUGUGCGGGUUCUCUAUAGCACCAGAGGAGACCUGACAGUGGCCAUCAGUGGUGAACUGGCCAACAAAGUAUUCGGAGCCUGUGGAAACUUCAAUGGGAAUGGUGCAGAUGACUUGCGGUUACCCAACGGUAGAGUAGCGCACACCAUUACAGAGGUCAUUAGCCACUGGCGAGUCACGACAGCUAUGCAAAAUGGUAUGUAAGGACAGAAACUUAAUCAAUUUUUCCCCAAUGCUUGCAUGUCUUAUUUCACUAAUCUAUUUAAUGAUCCCCACUGCUUAAGUCAAUGGGCAAGGGUACAAUCUCCCUCCCCCCCAAAAAAAGCAACUGGGACAUAAAUGAUGGCAACUGGAUACUUGGUUGUUUAAGAAAGUAGGUUUCUACUGAUGCUAUUUAUGCUGCUCUGUUGAGCAUCUCAAGGUUGCACCCCAUGACCCAAGCAUGGAGGAAGAAGGAGAAGAACGAACAGUUUAUUGGGGCCUAUUGAUCAUGGAAGACUGGGCCUCAACUGUAAACACAUUGCCAUUGAGGGGUGUGUGUCAAAUUGUAGCUCAUGCUUGAGGGUGUUAAGGUAAACUUAUUUCCCUUUCUCUAUCUAUGAUUUCUGCUCUUCUUUCCUCCUCUUUUCUUUCUUCCAUUAUUUCAUCUUUGCUUCCUUUUAACUCUUUUCUUGCUUUCUUCUCUUCACAUCCUUCCUUUCUUCCCCCUCUCCACAAUAUGUUUUUCCCUAGAAGCAAGACUCAGUCUAAACGAAGACUUCCAUGGCACUGCUUGAGAGCCAGCAGACUUUUCCACCCUGGUGCUCUCCAAGUGGUCUGGACUACAGCCUGACCAUUGGUCAUCCUGGUUGGGGCUGCCUAGAGUUGUUGUCCAAAGAAUCUGGAGGGCACCAGAUUGGGGAAGAAUGAUAUAAAAGUGCUUCUUCACCAUCGUAGCUCUGUGGUAGAAAGAAUGUUUUGUAUGCAGGAACGGGCCAAGGGGAAACCUACUCUGACCCAUGCCUAGAAAUUGGGUUACCAUACGUCCAGAAUUUCCCAGACAUAUCCAGAAUACUGCAUUCGUCAGCAGCGUCCAGGCAGAAAUCAACUAAAUGUUCGGGAAAUUCCAGACGUAUGGCAGCCCAUGUUGGCAGUGCUGAUUUCCCCGAUUUUCCCUUAAAAUAGCUCAAAAACAGCAAUUUUAUGACACAAGUAGAAGUGUGGGCAAGCCUUGACAGAUUUAUUCAUCCUUAGCAAUGGCUCUUUAGUGUCUCCUGUUAAGAAUAACGCCUAUACACAGUUUGGAAUUGCCUACCAUGAUGCAUGUCCAAGUAUGGGUAUACUCCCGCAAGGGAUUUGGAAUACUGUUGUUUGAUAUACAAGGCACUGAAUGCUCUGUUAUUCCCUUAUAUUUUUAGCUCGUUUUAAAAUCCACUCCUACUGA